GGGGCGGAGCUAGCACACUAUGAAGAAAAUGAGUUUUGGGCUGAGGAUACAAUGUAUCCCUAAAGUUCCAAAACUUAUCUAAUGAAGCCAGUGAGUGACUGCAAGCUUCAAGCCCUCAGCCAGAGGAAACAUUGAGUGGAGCUAACUCACACCACAUUACCAACAAAGGAGGCUGCAUCUGGGAAACUUGUCUGCAGGAAUAAUGAAGUGGGAAAAAGUUUGCAAAGCCCUCAGCCUGGGUCACAUCUGGAGCAUGGUACUCGAAUGGCUUGUGCUCACCGGACUCAUUGAGGCUUAUAAUAUAGAGGAAUCUGAUUCUUUGCUGUUUAGGGGUCCCAAUGGCUCACUGUUUGGAUAUUCAGUUGUGCUGCACAGCUAUAACGACGACACAUGGUAAGCUUAUUUUUGUUGUACUUUGCCAUAGACUGCAACUCCUAGCUAUCUCAGCCAUAGACUGCCACUCCUAGCUAUUUCAGCCACCUUCACUGUGUGUUUUACUUUGCCAUAGACUGCAACGCCUAUCUGUCUCAGCCAUCUUUUCUAAUGUAUUUUGCCAUAGACUGCAACUCCUAGCUAUCUCAGCCAUAGACUGCAACUCCUAGCUAUCUCAGCCACCUUCACUAAUGUAUGUUUUACUUUUGCCAUAUACUACAGCUCCUAGCUAUCUCAGCCAUCUUUUCUAAUGUAUUUUGCCAAAGAUUGCCACUCCUAGCUACCUCAGCCACCUUUGUUAAUGUAUGCUGUACUUUGCCAUAGACUGAAACUCCUAGCUAUCUCAGCCAUGGACUGGAACCUCUAGCUAUCUCAGCCACCUUUGCUAAUGUAUCUGAAAGCCAAAAAAAAAAAAAUCUCCACGGGGUGAUGAUGGGUGGGAAACCUCUACUUCCCCAGCUGCCUUAGAAAAGGUCAAGAAUUAAAGUACUAAAUGUUUUCCAUCCAAACUUGUAUUAUUUACAUAGCAGUAAAGGGAUGCAGAUACUUGUGAAAUAUUUAUGUAGGUGAGCAUAUUUUAAUACAUCCCUUCAGUAUACAUGUUCAAUAGAAAUCCAUAAAGAAGAUAAGGUUUGGUUGAGCUAGCUAUUGGCAAAUCUCACUCAUUUUUAGAGGUAUGCAAAUCAUGGGUUCAUCAAAGGUCUGGGCUCACACACUAAUAGUGAAUACUGGGUUUAUACAGUAACUGAAGUGCAGAUAUCAAAUUGCAAUAACUGGGUCAACAAUGUCAAGUUGGAUAAUUUUUUUAACUCAGCUAUUACAGUCUGUUUAAUUAGUUUAACCCCUAAUACACUAUAGUUUGGCCAAUAAAACACUUAAAUAUGAGGCAAAGCGCUAUAUCUGGCAUAUCACCAUGGAACUUGAGAGAUUGUUCUUGGUGACUAAAUUUGCUUUUAGUCACUUCAAUUAAAUGACCCUAGUUCUUCUUUAUCUAUAAAUAUUUUUUAAUGUAUAAAGUUGCUCUUGGGGAUCUUUGACAUUCCUUUUUCUUAAUUUUAGAUUUAACUUAAUUUCCUGUCCUGACAGCUAUAAUUUGUUGUAAUUAUACUGUGUAUAAAAAGAUGCUGACUGUUUCUUACUGAAUUCUACUUACAGGAUUAUAGCCGGUGCUCCCAAAACUGACUGGUCUCUCAAAGUUCGUGUUAAUAGCCCGGGUGCAAUUUUUAAAUGCAAAAUUGGAAAUAAUCCAAAUGGCACGUGUGACCUUAUGGAAAUGGGUGAGUUUAGGAUAUGGGUGGAGAUAUAUACAUGCAUGGAAGUUGAAUUUGACCCGAAAUUCCUGCCUUACUUUAUAAUGUUAAGAGAUAUAUGCUGUUAGCUACAGAUGUAACAGAGGUUUCCUUUACCGGAUGUGAAUUUCCCUUUAAUGAUUGAUGACACCAGGUAUGUCAAGAAAUAAAUGGGUUUUACCCACAGACCUACAGAAAGCUAAAUACAGCAGAGUUGAUUGUGACAAGUAGAUGCAUAGUGGAUGAAGGCAUUUGUCUUAAAAACCACAUCUUUGCAUACACCUCUACUUCCGUGUCAAAGGAAUAGUCUUAAAACCAUAACCACUGCAGCACUCUGUAGUUGUUAUAGUGUCAGGAGUCAACUGGCCCUAUCCCCUGGAUAAGACUCAAAUUGUUUUUGAACAGUUUGACACCUAAAUGGAUUCCUAGUCUCAAUCUGGCUUCCCCUUCUGGUACUGGUAUUUGGUAAUGAGGAAUUCCCUAUUCCGCAAUAGUGAAGUCAAGUCCACCCAUCCUUGUCUGAGAGAGAUGUCCAAAUAGGGACAACACAUUUCACCUUGCUGCUUUCAGCCAAAUCGCAGAAUGUCUGAGACUGAGAGGGGUAUUCUUUUGAAAUAAAUACACAGAAAAGCUCUGCGUUGCUACUCUUGUUUGACAACAAUGGCUAUAGUAUUCAUCUGCACAAAUGUGUAAACAUACAUGUAAAUAACAGAGGUUCAUUAGUAAUGUCCACUGCAAUGGACAUUAAAGGACCUCUGAAUGAACCAAACUACUUUAUUGAAAUGAAGUGUUCUGAGUACAGUGGUCCUUUAGCAAAACAUUGUCAUUUAUUAGAUACAGCAAUGUUAUGAAUGCAGAGCUAACACACCUCUAGUGGUUGUCUUCCUGACGGACACUGGGGGAGCUUCACCUGUGAGAACAGAGUCGGUCUUGGUUCUCAAUCAAAUGCUGCUCCUAAAGUGUGUUUGAUUGCCACAGUGCAGCAAUUUGCCAUACAUGCGCGCUAGCUUUCAUUUGCUUACCUUGAUGAUCUCAGCCAAGAAGACAGUAUGACUGUGUCGAGACCAGCACUGCAUAAAACUCGCCUUCUAAAUCCUGAUGGGGACGGGGUGGCACCAAAAUAGUAGUAAAGUAGCCCAGGACCCUGGUGUAUAGGGUUCUGGGGGAACUAGCUAAGUUUCAAACCGUUCAAAAAGUGACUUAUCGUGGGAUGGCACCAGGGGACUCCUGGCACAUUAACCAAUACAAUGUCACCCGACAACAUGACAACCAUUUUUUUCUGAAAUGUAUUUAGUGAUUUUCAUCCUAUACAGUCCAAACUGAAUGUGUGUCUUACAAUAGAAGAAAAUAAACGAUAAGACAAAGUAUCAUUGCUCAAAUUCUUUUAUCUGAGAGUGGGAUUGUAAGAUAUGUUAAUGGUUAGUAUCUAUUCAUCAUAUCCGCUAACUUGAAGGACACAAAUAUAGAUUUAAUAGUUAUCUACAAAAUUACAGUUAAGAUUGCAAACUGGAAGGCAAAUGGCUCAAUUCAUUCUCUGAUGGCACAGAGAAAGGGCACCCCCCCCCGCCCCCAAACUUGUUACUCUCUACUUAAUUAAAACAUGCAAUUUUAAGUCCUGCCCUCAAAUUCCCACUACUCCUGAGUGGUAGCAAUGACUAUAUUAAACAUCAGCACCGAUACAUACAAUGAAAACCAAAGAAAAAGUUAGUUGCACAUUAUCCCAAAUCCCUUUGCACAGUUUUUUUUUAGUUUUUAUUGUAUGUAUUGGGGCUGAUGUGUACUUUAGUCAUUGCUGCCGCCCAGGAGUAGUGGGAGUUUGAGCGCAGGGCUUAAUUUUGUAUGUUUGUGUUUGCUUCUGUAUUACACAGCCUUGUUACAGUGCUGCUGCCCACCCCAUGUGUUCCAUAUUAAGGGUUAAUAAGUGUGUAGGAAUUUAGAAAAAAUACCCCUCUCUGUCUCACAAGCAAUUUUGCCUUUUAACUUAAAGAAACAAGGUGAAUUGUUAGUGAAGGGCUCACCUAAGAGGUUUUGCCUUGACAUGGCAGGUGAGCUUACACAUUGCUAUUGGAGUAUCUACCUGGUUAACCUAAUCAGAUGCCUUUCCCUGUUCAAAUCCAACUGCAUCUUCAAUCCUCACAAAAGAGUAGAAUAGAAACGGCAGAUAUAAUUAUAAUAGACACAUGUUCUCUUUUCACACACUUAUCAGCAGUCCUUACAAUGCCAAUAGUUUUUUAUUUUGUUUUGUUAUUUUACAACAAAAACUAGGGGGCAACACACCUGUCUCUCUGGACCAAUCUCCACUGGCAUUGCUAACUACUGAGUAAAAGGGACACUAUAGUCACCUGAACAACUUUAGCUUAAUGAAGCAGUUUUGGUGUAUAGAGCAUGCCCCUGCAGCCUCACUGCUCAAUCCUCUGCCAUUUAGGAGUUAAAUCCCUUUGUUUAUGAACCCUAGUCACACCUCCCUGCAUGUGACUUGCACAGCCUUCCAUAAACACUUCCUGUAAAGAGAGCCUUAUUUAGGCUUUCUUUAUUGCAAGUUCUGUUUAAUUAAGAUUUUCUUAUCCCCUGCUAUGUUAAUAGCUUGCUAGACCCUGCAAGAGCCUCCUGUAUGUGAUUAAAGUUCAAUUUAGAGAUUGAGAUACAAUUAUUUAAGGAAAAUUACAUCUGUUUGAAAGUGAAACCAGUUUCUUUUCAAGCAGGCUCUGUCAAUCAUAGCCAGGGGAGGUGUGGCUAGGGCUGCAUAAACAGAAACAAAGUGACAACUCCUAAAUGACAGUGAAUUGAGCAGUGAAAUUGCAGGGGAAUGAUCUAAAACUGCUUUAUUUAGCUAAAGUAAUUUAGGUGACUAUAGUGUUCCCACAAGGUGGUGCGAUAGCUUUCAUUACGGUGGGGAAUCUGUUGAUCCCGGUGUGGCUACUCUGGGGACAAAUGGAUUUACCUGGUCAACUGACCAUGAAGGAUGUUGCGGUAUGGAGAAUGGACCCUUUAGGUAAUCCCAGCUCCCGUAGUAGGUGAUGCGCCUCGGAGAGGUGAGUGGGUCUUGCCUCCCUUUUCAACUAGGAGCCUGUGUAUGCCCCAUUUGUAAGGCACAUUGUGUUCCCGUAAGUGCUGGGUGAGUUGGCAGAGAGAUUGCCUCCAGACAAUGGUGUGGCAGGAUAUAUCCCUGAAGAAGGUUAAUCUGUGGCUUUCAAAUGCUGUGGUAGGGGAGCCUCUUGUCAACGCCAGAAUGGUACCUCUGUCAUAGUCCCAAACAAAUUUAACCAGAAUGUCUCUAGAUGUCAUGAGGGGGCACUGGGGGCCUUAGGCAAUCAAAAGCAAUGGUCCAUUGUGACCUGUUUUACCUGUUUUGGGGGCAGCAAUGUGGAAAAGAGUCGUCAAAUAUAAUGGGUAGUUCUUCAGUGGUUAUGUUUUCAAGGACCCCCUUGAUUCUCACAUUUCUCAACUUAAUCUUGUCUUUCAGGUUAGCCAUUCGAUUGAGCAUGUCAGUGUUGCUCUUUUGUAGUGUGCUGAGGGCAGCAUCUGUGGCUGUUUGUGCCACUUUCGUAGUGCCCAUGUCGUCCUCUAUGGUGACAAGCCUGCCAGUGAGUGUGGCCACCUCCUCCCUCACCCCUGCCACUUCUGCUUGAAACAUUGCCCGUAUUUCAUAGAGCAGGGCCUUAAUAUCUGCCUUAGUCAAGGGGGCAGUGUUUCCCCUCACAGGGGGCUCCUGGGUGACAGAUGGUACCUUUUGAAAAGGUGGAUAGCUGUUCCAGCAGGAUUUUCUCAUCUGAGGGGGUAGAGGCCGGUGCCAUCUUUGUUGGUGCGGGCCUAGCAGGCUGGCACAGGAUCAUUCCGAUAUCCCGGGUUCCUGGGCUCUGAUCAGCCUGAGUUUUUUUGGAGUGCUGCCCCAUCGGCUGCGGAGCAGGUAAGUCCGCAAUCUGGGAACUGACUGCAGGUUAUUAAUGUUGGUAAUCGCUACUUUCUAGCCGGUCUGCCUGGAGCUCCUGCUGCAUGCAUCCGACUAGUGAGGCAGCUGGCUCUGCCCCCAGUGAAUUCCACAUUUAAGUCCCAAGUAGUUGAAUGGAAAGCAUAGCUGAAUUAGAUCAUUUUUCUUUUUGGUUACUUUGACCUUAGAUGUGAAAUUUACUUUGAAUCCACCUUGAAUUCUCACUUUAGUAAAUAACGUAAUUUCUAAACCCUUACCAGCUACUUAUAAACACCACUUUGCCUGCAGCCUUAUUAGAAAAGUAUAUGCAAACCUAAAGUUAACUAGGCUCAGUAGAUGUCAUUUAUUACUAUAUGGUACUCAAAAUGUUUAUGUCAAUGUAACUAGAAAAAUGAAGUUUUAGGCAUUGCUAUCUACCCUGAAUCGGAUACAUUUAUGUUCUGGACAGUGGACAGUGUUUUUUAACAAGUGUGGUUUGCCACAAACCUCCUCAAAGUAUUUCUGGCUCACUGAUUGAAAACCAUUCUAGAAUGUUUAUAUAUCCAUUCUAAUAACUGUCGUUCUGUAGGUAAAGAUGUUUAAAGAGUUAUAGGCUGGUGAAGCCGUUUUAUUCUUGAUUUUCCCAAUACAGAAAUGUAUUCAGGUUAAACUUAGGGUACACCAUUCUUUAACUUGUGUUUUUAUUAUACAGAAGGUUAUAUUUCACCUCCACUCCCCUCCCCACAGCAUUUUCUUGUAAAAGUUUCACUUCCUUUAUGUGUGAAAUGUAGAUGUUUAAUUAAAUGCCAACAGGUCUAAAAAUCUUUUAUUUUAGUUUUUCAUUCGUAAAACAUGCUUUAUAUUGACAGGUAAAAAAAAAUGCCCGAUCUAGUUAGCCAUUUAGCCAUUGGCAUGUAAUAGAAAGUUCAUUCCAAACUCUGUAACAAUGUUAGCGCAUUGCACAGUUCAUGGUGCAGAGAGGGACUUGUCACUGCACCCAGGGACACUCUGCACCUACAGCUGUAAGUGCCAUUUCUGUGUGUGAUCUUAAAUGAGGACAUUUUACUUUGUUCAAGUUGUGUUUAUGGUGUGCGAGUUCCGACUUUCCUGCUAAGUACUAACCACAGCUGCUUUCAUGCGUGGCCAUGGACUUAAAGGAAUUCUAUGCGCCAAUCAAUUAACAAAAUUGCGACAUUCCAAAUAUAUAUUAUUUAAUACAAACUAACAGUAUUUCAAGAGUAAGCUCUGUCGCAAUGACAAAAACAUAAUUCAUUGUCCCAUUUUACAAUCAAGUACACAAUCGAGCUGCUGCAUGCCCUCGUAGAAGUGAUAAGCUUUCUUUCAUUAAAUUAGCAUCAAUGAAGCUACACACAAGCUAACAGAACCCACUCUAUGAUACUAUUGCCUUGCACAGAUACCUUAAUUCCUGGCUUUUAUGAAUGAGGCUAUUUGUUGCCAGGUCUGACACACUUGGAACUGUUUAGAAAGACCACAGGUUCAGUGUUUGCUUUUCAAGUGACGUGGAAAAUGGUUGAUCAACUUAUUUUUUUUGGUUGCUGGUUUUUGGUUGUUAGAGAUAUUUCUACAGAAAGCGAUACUGUUUUCUCUUCCUGCAGUAAACGGCCAUGUGACUGCCCUUAAAUCUUUUUCUUUGUUUCAACACAUCCCUGUAAGCAGAGAAUGGUCUGUAAUUAACCUGAGCAUUUACCAUAACAGAGAGCCUUUACGAUGCUUAAUGACUACAUACUCUUUCUUUACACCAAACUAGGUUUUGUUUUCUGGAUUUAAUUUCCUGUACAUAAAAACGGGGUUCUCUUUUUCUCCUGACCUAAGAUCAGAUGCAUUCCACAAAGUAUAUUAUACAAAAAAAAUGUAAGACUAAUUUUAGCCUUACUCGUAUUCUAAAUAAAACAAAGUCUAAUCUUCAAGUCCCAGCAUAAAAUCUCAGCAACUGGGGAAGUGUGGGAAGUGCAAUUGACCUGUCAAUGCAGUAUUUCUCCCCACCAUAACUUUCUUGGUUUGUGCUUCACAACUAACGCCAAGCCUCAAUAGCCAGUAACCAACCUCAUGCUGAUGAGUUGAAUUAACAAAGAAACAGCUGUCCAUGAGUGGUUCACUAGCUUUCAUCUCUUCCUGAGUUGUGUUUCAAAUGUGUUGUGUACAGCAGACACAAACUCCAAGGAAUUCAUGUUUAAAAUGGAAAGAGGCAAAAAGGUGAUUCUUUAUUGAAUAAUUUGCGUAUGCCUACCCAGAAUCCCUUGCAGUAGUAACAUCACUGCAAAGUUGAGAUUUCUGUGGGAAAAGCAAGUCGUAUGGCUUAACUUGGGUGGGCAGAUCUAUGUUUAUUUAGUAAGGACUGUCAAUACAUCGCUAAAGACAAAAACAAAAUGUGCAUGAAAAUAAUCACUCGGGAGUUUAAGUAUGAGUUGCUUAUUUUUCUAUUAAACCAUUUACACAUAAACAGCUGAUUGCAAGUAUCCACUCACUUUAUAAUAAGUGAUCUUUCAUCAUACUGCUCGCUUCCUUUUACACCAUGUCCACUUCUCUUGGAAUUCCUUCUUCCUCAAACCAAACUAGCGGCCUGUUCUUCCUUUUCUCUUCGGUUGUAUCUCAUUUCUUGAUAUAAGGCCCAAUGAUCAUUGACAAUUUGACUGAAAUAGAAGCCAUGUGUAUUAUAUGUCUGAGAUGAACCUCAAAACAUCUGUGAAUGUCAGAGCGUGGUUUCCUCAGCUGAUUCUUCAAGUAUUUUGCAUUCAGUUGUACAUGAAGCAGAGCUGUCAGCGUUUAACCGAAAACUGUGAUAAAAUAAACAUCACUUCAAUAGAUAUUCCUCAAAGCAAAUGUUGAAAUCCACACUUUUAUAUCAUGGGGAAAAAAGACACUCUGAAGUGCGCUAUGUGUUUGAAGUGUUCCUUUAAAUGUUUUUUUUUUCUUUCUAAAAACUUUAUCUAUAGACCUACUAUAAAUAUACAAGGGACAAAAAAUGAUACAAUGGUUAUGAGAUGAAUUGAAGAAAUAGGAAGAAAAGAGAAUUAGAUAUUUGGGGGGGGGGAGGGGGAAACAAUUCAUCAUGGGCCAAGCAGUAGAAAAUAAAAUAAAAAAGGGUUUGUGGUACACCAAUUAUCACGUGGACACUGUACUAAACCUGUGAUUUAUAUAUUUGUUUAUUUAUAAAAUAUUUUACCAGGAAAGAUACAUUGAGAUUUCUCUUGUUUUCAAGCUUGCCUUGGGUCCACAAAACAUUGCAUUGUAACAAUAGGAUACAAUAUUAUAAAAAAUACAAUAUACAAACUAUAAAUAUUUAUAUAUACAGACGUACAUAUAUAAAUUUAAUUUCCUGUUUAUCAAACGAUAGCAGACACAUCUUAUGAUAUAUCCUUUCACGAUUGUUCAUUUUGGCAUCUACAUGGCACCAAUUUAUUCUGCAGCACUUUACAAUAUUAUAAAAAGUGGGAAAUGUAACAAUAAAUUAGACAAUUGUAAAAUAGGUUGAUGAGUACCCGGCUCCAACGAGCUUCUAUAAUAUAUCAUCAAUUGAUUUCCUCUGCUUUUUGAAAUGAAGAGGAUGGAGAGAUGUUCUAAGGCUCUCUCAUCAUCAAAACUUUUGCAAAUAUGCAAAGUUAAUAUCAUGCUUAUAGUGUUACAGUGACGCUUUGACAGUUGUGCUGCUGAAAUGAUCUAUUUUUAAAAUAUACUCAAUACACAAAAAAAAAGGAAUCUGCGCAUAAAUACAAAACAGAGAAUUGUAUGUGUGCACUGAUUAAUUUUUGUGUACAUGUAGCUGGUGGGUUCUGACGGUAUUAUAUAUAGUGCCAGUUAAGUAAUGAAAUUCACAAGAGGCAGUAUUGUGAAAUCUGAGAACCCGUAAAAGCUGUUGUAACUUUGGAAAUUUUAAAAGGUAAACAUUUUAUUAGUGUUUGCAAUUUUCUUCCAUUUUCCAACAAAAGAAAACAGGAAGUAAUUCCACUAAAUCUAAAAUACUGGAAACGGCUUUCACAGCAACUACGGCACAUGCGCAACUGUGAACUGUUCUACUGAGACAAUGCCCCGGAGUGUAUGAGACUACAUGUUCAUCUAAUGAUUCAGUGGAAGAGGUCACUGCAUUUAUACAAUGUUGCACUGGCAUUGGAACUAGUUUGUCACCCUCCUAGGGAAGAAUGUCCCUGCAUGGGGACGCACUAUGUGCUCGCUAUGCUAUGCAGGACUAAUCAGAUAAAUAGGUGAGAAGAAUGUGGUGGGUUGCCACAACAAAUUGAUUUCUGAAGUUAUAUAUUUAUUUCAUUUACAUUAACCACAAGCAUGAAACUCUCAUGAAAGGUUUAGUUCUGACAAUACGGCUGCAGCAAACAAACGUAUGAGUGGCUUAGGUGUGAUAAUAAAAGGCGAGGAGGGUCUUCUGCAAACCCUGUCUGUAUGUUUUACAUCCUGCUAAGGAAAUGUCUUUAAAUAUUUAUCUUACAGCGUUUCUACAUCAGAUUUAACAUUUCCAUUGAGAUAACUCGUAUCUCAGUUUCUUAUCCCAUACACUGACUGCUGACGAAAUCCUUGGUGAUACAAUGAAAUCUACACAUAAAGUAGUUCAGAGGAAGCGGCUCAGUCACCCAUACUGUGAAAGCAAAUGUAUCCUCUUAAAGGGAAACUAUAGUGCUAGGUAAACAAACCUAGUGCCCCCUUCCGUUGCGCUCCCCCACCCGUGGUGAUAUCACUUGCCUGAUUCUGAUGUCACUCGGUGCUGAUUCAGGCUCCACCUCUGCUCCUCCUGUGCUGACGUCAGCCGGCAAGGGGGGGGCUUAUGCGCAAGCGGGGCUAUCACCGCAAUCGCAUGAUGACUUUCCCCAUAGUAAAGCAUUGUAUAAUACUUUCCUAUGGAGUUUUGGGUGAUGCUCGAUGUCCUCAACCACCCAGAAGUCCAUCCAUAGACAGCCACUAGAGGUAGAGCUAAUCCUGCAAUGUAAUUACUGCAGUUUACAUUACAAUUUCCACUUUAAGGGCCUGGGACACUGCACCCAGACCACUUUAAUAAGCUGAAGUGGUCUGGGUGCCUAUAGUUGCUUUUAAGAACCAAUAAUUAUCUAUGCAGUCAAAACCUCUUUAAAGAUCCUGAUGUCAAAAUGGGUUUGGUGCACUCACCUAUGAUGGCAGACCGUGCAGACCUAGAAAUGAUAAAUAGUGCAUGCCAAGCUGGCAAAAGGUCUCCAGGUGCAAGCUUGCAAAAUGUAGAAUUUGGUCCUUCAAGGAGAAUUGUAAUUUAUACUAUUGAAUAACACAUUUUUAAUAAAAAUCAUCUAUAAUUUACCCAUUUUAUGAGAUGUUCUGUUUUCGUUUUAAAUGUAUAUCGAAUAUUUAGCAAAUUGCAUAGUAAUCCAGAUCAGACUAGGCAAAUUAAGAGGGGAAAUAAAAAAAACAUUGUUUUGUUUCUCUUCUCUGUAUGUUUUCUAUAUAAUGAAGGCCAGUUUCAAAGGGCAGAGCUUACAACAAUGUUUGACAGGGAGGCGCCCAUUUACUGUGUCCCUUUAAGAAAGUAACUUGACCAAUAAGAUUAUACUUCAACUCAUUUAAAUUUGUGUAAAAUAUUCCAUACUCUUUAAAAAGCAUAGCAUUUUAUUCCCAAAAGUAAUUUGAGAUAACACUUUUUUCCCCACUUGGAAUUAAUAGAAAAGAUUGUUCAUUAUAACCGUAACAUAAUUAUUUUAAUUUUAAAAACUACAAACUAUCUAUACAUUAAUUUAUUAUUAUUUAAUAUAUUAAUGUAUCUGAAGUGUCUACAUAGUAAAGUAAACCUUGUUGCCAUUUUUAUGAUUGAAAAUGAUGUGUCAGUUUUCCUUACAUCAAUUUAUGGUAAUCCGAGCAUCUGAAAAAAAUCUUAAAUUAUUAAAGGAACACUAUAGUCACCUAAAUUACUUUAGCUAAAUAAAGCAGUUUUAGUGUAUAGAUCAUUCCCCUGCAAUUUCACUGCUUAAUUCACUGCCAUUUAGGAGUUAAAUCACUUUGUUUCUGUUUAUGCAGCCCUAACCACACCUCCCCUGGCUAUGAUUGACAGAGCCUGCAUGAAAAAUAAGUUUAAUCACAUACAGGAGGCUCUUGCAGGGUCUAGCAAGCUAUUAACAUAGCAGGGGAUAAGAAAAUCUUAAUUAAACAGAACUUGCAAUAAAGAAAGCCUAAAUAGGGCUCUCUUUACAGGAAGUGUUUAUGGAAGGCUGUGUAGUCUCAUGCAGGGAGGUGUGACUAGGGUUCAUAAACAAAGGGAUUUAACUCCUAAAUAACAGAGGAUUGAGUAGUGAGGCUGCAGGGGCAUGUUCUAUACACCAAAACUGCUUCAUUAAGCUAAAGUUGUUCAGGUGACUAUAGUGUCCCUUUAACAAAUGUGUGCCGAUGCCUUUCUCGCUCCUAUGCUUCAGACAGUAAUAAAUAUCAGUAAUUGGCCAAAAGCUUGUUGAACAUCUACCCAAUUAUUUUGGCAAACCGUCAAUAUUCCUUGUGUUAAUUACAGACCCAAUCUCAUACAUAAAUCUUGGGAUCAUAAAUAAAAGACAGUCAUAAAAGUCAGACUUGUAAAAUAAGUGCCUCUCUGAAAAUAAUAGCCUCUCUUAAUUACAGUGACUGUCACACAUCCUGCUGGGCUGACAAACAGAGUAAAAAAACAACAAAAAAAUGUGAUAAGCAGCUACAUCCCUGUUUUUAAAAUACCUUCUGCCGGAAACUUUGUGAAUAUCAAAGGUUCAUUGAGUAACCCAUCCCCAUACUUGUUACAGUCUUCUACAUUUGUGGUUUCACUUUAUAAGUAAAUUUAUGUGUUUAUGUCUUUACCCACUAUUUCCUAACGUCAUCUUCUGUUUAUUUAAUGUCCGUUAAGACUAAAUUCUCAAAUCAAACUGUAUAUUUUUCCCAUGUCUGCUAAUCUGACCUCCAGAUUUUUGUUUGCUUUUUGUGAGAGAGCUGUAGAGUUCCUAGGUGGCUGAAAAGCAGACCUUGACACACAGUGUCAUUCUUGAAUCCAUGACUGAAGCUACUUGCACAUGUUAGCUUCUAUUAAUUUGGCAAGAAGCUUAAUAUUGUUUUGGGUGCUUUUACAAACAAAACCGUGUGCGUGUGAGGCAGCCAUACAGCUCUCUAAUAGACAGCCGCGGAAGAGCCCGUGCAAGACAUUUGGGAGAAGCAUGAUGUGUCCGUUUUCUAUGCAUGCAUUCUCUUUGAGAGAAGCAUUGAAUCCACUUUGGAGGUGACUCCCCUCACAGCACUCCCAGAGACCACAGGAGUACUAAAUGAACGCAUUGUACUAAAUGAACGUUUGGCCACCUCAUGCAAUGCAUGAGGACAUCAAAAUGUGACUAAUCAAGUUCUACUCUGUUGUCAACACAGAAGCUCCAUCAAAACAUGACAUGGUGAAAGUACCAAGACCACUUCAUUAAGAUAACGUGGUCUUCGUGCUUAGAGUGUCUCCUUAAAGUGCCAUUAGGAUGUAAGCUCUGUGCGAUGGUCCGGUUGGGAAGAUAGAAAUAUCUCCUAAAGCUAGACUGUAUUUCCCAGUCACAUUGGACUGAGCCCGUGACUAAUAGAGACUGAUUUCUUCUUCGUCUGGCAAUGCUGGGACUGGGGGGAUGUGACUUUGUAUCACUUUCUCCUGGCACACACAGAAUUAUAAAGUGGAGAGAAAUGACCUGAUUGUCUGGACCAGUCACAGCCCAUGGAAGCUAACCUCCUGCAUCUAGAAAGAAUGGAAACAGAAUAAGUUAAUGUGCAAUAAUUGUGUGUGUUUGUAUAACUGUAUGUGGCUGUGUACGUCUGAGUGUGUAGCAUUGUGUAUUGUGAGUUUCUGUGAAUGCAUGUCUCUGUGUUUGCUAUAUAUCUGUGUGUGUCUCAGAGUGUAUCUAUUUGUGCUUAUGUCAGGGAAUGGUUAAAGGUCUCUGGAUUUGUAACUCUGCAAGCCUGAGUAUGGUGUUUUAUUUAAUUAUUGAUUUAUGUAUUUAUGUAUACAUUUAUUUGUUAUGUUUUUAGAAAACGGUGGAGUCCAUGCCAGCCAGAAAUGCCUCUUUAAACUUGAACGUACAGUAUGAUUCCAGAAAUGCACAGGGAAUAUUGUGCAUGCUUUAAUACAAAUCAAGGGAUCACACCGUCACAGAAAUAAUAUAUCAGAUGCUGACUAUAAAAUAUAAAUUAAAUGAAAGUAGGCUAUGGGGCAAUGUGUUCAUUAUAUGGAUCAGAUUGUGGCCUGCAUUGUACGGGUUCCCUUUUAAAUGAAAACUGCCCAACAGUAAUCUGGUUUUCCUAGGAAAAAUAUGCAUCCUGUUGUGGUUUCAGUUAAAGCGUUAACGUCCCUGUAAAAAAGUAAUAAAUAUAAACAUCUUGACAUGGUACUAGUGAUUUAUUAUUGCUACAUGAAUAAUUUCACAAUGUGAUCCAGGUCCAGAAUCAUGUUACGGUAUUUAAAGUAGUUGGCCAAAAUGAGGAAACCUUGGUGCUUCCCUAAUAGAUUUUUUUGUAGGAGGAAUGUAUCUUAGCUUCUCGUAAUAAUAGUUCUUAACUAACCAUGUGCUCUCUUUGUCCAUCUGUGCUGGCAAAACUAUGUUGACUAUUUAUUAUUUAAUCUUUAUCUGGUAAGUGCCACCAGAGCUGAUUUAACCAGUAAAGUAGACUGUUAAAAUUCCUCUGGUACCAAGCACCUGAAUAUUGGAACUGGCGAUCACCUGAGGAAUCUGCAGCCUGUUCCCCUGCUUGGACCAGCUAUGUCUGUUUUGGUAUUUGCAAAUACUGUACGUUUCAGCCACAUUUCAAAGUCAAUAUAUUGGCGGAGCUCAUAAGUUGACCUGCUCAGCCAAUGAAUGCCAUUUAAAUAUAGAUGAAAUUUGUAAUUGCUAAUUCCGUAUUGGAACUUUGGAACUAGUAAUUGGUUAGCAGGGGACAGGUCACAAGUGCCUUGUGAACCCCCUUGGGUUUUGGUCAAACCAUUUGUUAAAAAAACUCUGCCCAAGAGCCGAGGGACAAUACCCGAAGCCUAAUGGCACCAUUACUAUUGCAUCAGCAUUUAGUUGUUAUGGUCCUUAGACUGCCUCUUUAAUAUAAGAGAACCUUAUUUUUUAUCUUUUUGUUUUGCAUUGGUUUUAUCAAUCAGGGAGUACACAAUUUGUCAAAUUUAAGGCCAUAGCAUAUUCAAUAUUCUUAUAGUCAGGAUAAUUCGUUUUUCUUUUUAUAUAGAAAAUGUAUUCUGUUUUGGUUGGUACUUGGUACUUGAACAAUGACUGUAACCACUUCUUCAAACCAAACCCCAAACCACUAAACCACCAGUACCAAUGUCACCAUGGAGACUAAUAGUGAGGAUCUCAAGUAACUGGGUACUAGUGAAUAACAUUUCUAACCACUUUAAUGGUUUUGUAUCAUUGAAACCUGCUGAGAACACAAAAAAGAAAACUGGCAUGUUCACAAAAAAAUCCAAUAUUUCUAUGAAAUCUUUCUUCAUUUAGAAACAACAUGACAUAAUUUAUUUAGCGUUCUAGUUUCUAAGCUUGUUCUGGCAAGCGCGUAUAACACACAUUUAUACUUAAAAAGAAUUACAAUUUAAAAAGAAAUACAUUUGCUGUCAUGUACAAUUGCUCCUUUUUAAAUGUGAUUAGUCACUGUCACAAAGGCUUACCUACUGAGGGUGGCCAUCUUGGAUCGAUUUGCUUGUUUGAUCCUCCCCACUAACUAAUAUUGCUGGCCUUAUGGGUAUUUAAAAUUAUUGCCAUUUAUAAAGCACCAACAUAUUACACAGCGCGUACAAUUAGGGGAGAACAUCCAUUUUACACAGACCAAUAGAAAAGGUAAAGAGGGCCCUAUCUGUGAGCUGAGAUCUAGUCUUUUAUACAAGGUGCUUAGUUAGAUAGCCCAUGAGGUUACAAUCUAAAGGCAAAGGAUACACAUAGAGGGGUGUGCUACCCCAUGCUGCUCCUCCCUGUCAAAUGGGUAAUGGUGAGGUGGCAAGUUGGGGGAGGACCUGUCACUGCAUAGGGAACAAGUUUUACUGUCAACACCAGGCAGCUGAUAAGUUGCAUGAGGGUUUGGCAAUGCUGAAGGACUCAGAGCUGCUGUGAGAUCAGAAAAACCUGUCUUCCAAGCUCUGGAAGAGGUCCCAAGAAUGGAGUACUGUCUAGCUCAGUUCCCUGUUCCUCUGCUCCCUCCAGCUGUCCGUGGCCUAUUAAAGAGAACAGACAGACGGAGUCAGACUGUACUCAUCAUCCUCCAUUAAACUGCCAGGAGAGGGGAGCAAACAAGAUGAGGGCCCCAAUAAAGGGGUACUAUAAGCACCGUAACCCAUAUAGCUUAUUGUAGUUAACUUUCUGUGCCAACAUCCUUUUUUUGACUAUUUAUUUGUUCAAACAAAAAUCAGGGCUUUCCCAAUACCUAAAACCCAGCAACUAAGUUAGUUUCCUUGAGCAUGUGUGACCAUAUAUGAUGCUUUUAUAAGUCCCAUUGAACCGUACAGCUGCUUGCUGCACCUCUAUUAGCUGCUUUCUUAUACAUUUGCUGACGUACAAUUUUACACAAUUUUACAUUUAAAUGAAUUAAAGCAAGCAAAGGUGAAUGGCCAUUGCAUGUACAGAAAUUCCAGCGCACAGCAUAAAUCGUUUGCCCAAUUAAAUUUACCUGGGGGUACGGAACAUGCUUUGUAGUAAACCACUUGGAAAAAAAUGUUAAAAAACAUCCUGGAAGUCAGAUAUGUAAGGAAAGGGGGGAUGAAUGGAAUAAUGAACUCAAGGGACAAAUGCCCCCUCCUUCCUACGAAUUCUUAUUCCAGAAUUCUCUUUCUUUUGUAUCCUGAUAAAAUGUUUCAGCCCUUGGAGAGAUAGAUUUAGAAACUAUUCCAGUUCUUGCAUUUAUCUAUACAAAGUGAAGAGGAAGAGUUAGAACAGCUGAGGGAAGCUUCUAGUGGGAUUAAAGGGAGAUCUAUAAAUAUAAAUGCUUAGCAGGGUCACUAUAUUAAGGAUGUUGGUUUUGAUGCUUAAAGCUACAGUGCUCUUCAAUGUUUAUUUAUAUGAGAGUUUGUCACUGUAAGGAACAAUUUGGCAACUGUUUUUUUCCCCCCAUCUCCCUGGCCUUUUUACUAUUUGUUUAUUUAUUUUCUCAGUAAUGACUCCACAGUACUCUUUCAAAACAUCUGUUGAGUCUCACUCACUUUGAAAGACUUCAAAGAAAUGUUUAGUUAUCUUAGAAGGCAAUGAUUAUUUUCCUGAAUAAGGAUCCAUUCAUGAAAAAAACAGAUUUGUUUUGAUUUGUCAGUGAGCUUUGUCAUAGUUACAACGUAGAACAGGUCUGUUUUGCUGUGUUAUAUUGUUUAGUUAUUAUUAGAUUUUUAUGCAUGUUGUUUACCUUUUCAUGGGAUUUUAAAAUACCAUCAAUAAUUUAAAACGGAAUAGACAUUUAUAGAAUGUAAUGGGUCAGCAGCGCUCUUAAACCUAUUUUGCAUAGAACUUGCUCUACUUCAUUAUAUGUCCACUAUUAUUAUUAUUAUUGGUAUUUACAUAGCGCCAACAUAUUCAGCAGCGCUUUACAAUAUUAUGAAAGUGGGGAAUUUAACAAUAAAUGAGAUAAUUACAAAAUGUUACUGGAACAAUAGGAAGAUGAGGACCUUGCUCAAAUGAGUUUACAGUCUAGAGCAGUGUUCUGCAACCUUUUAGCACCUGGAGUCCGGCGAAAAGAGGAGAAAUAUUUUGCAGACCAGCGUCAGACAGAAAUAAAACCCAAUGGUGUGUGUGAGGGGUGCAAUGGGUGUGUGUGAGGGGUGCAGUUUUUGUGUGUGUAUGUUGGGGCAGUGUGUGUGUGUGGCUGUAUUAUGCUGUAUAUAUUGGGGGGGCAGUUUGCGUAUGGAGGGAGUUAAUGGGGGUUGAGGGGCAGAUAAAUAAAUAUAUACUUUUUUAAUUUAAUUUAUAUUUUUAAUAAAACUAAAAUAUAUAAUUUUUAGAUUCAGCCCCCCCCCCCCCACUUCUUACCUUUGCUGAGGGAGGGGGGAUAUUUCCUGCAAUCCCUGGUGGUCCGGUGGAGAAUCCCUGGUGGUUCUAGUGAGGAGUGAACUCUAGCCUGUAACUCCUGAGGCUAGAGUUCACUUUUGCGAGAACCAGAGCGUUGCCGUGGUAACUGCGGCAACGCUCAGAGCUUGCAAGAGGAGAACCCAGCGGAGCUGCAGGUUAGAGCUCCCCCGGGCAAUGAGGUCCUUGUUUUUGUCAUAAUCACGCGUAAGGGAUGGGCCCAGAUAAAUCCUAAUGAGGGUUAAUUUGUCUGACUGUCCCAUAUUUAGUUCUCUAUAGCCACAUUUGCAAUAGUUUGGAUUAGUUUAUUUAUGUUUUUGAAGAAAAUAAAUUACUACCUGAAAACACCUGGGUAUCACUAGAGCAAAAAUAUCUGUAUACAUAUUUAUUUACCUGUUAUUUUUCUAUUUGGCAGCUUUCUUUGUCUGUACACCUAUGGUCUUUGUUAACUCCUGAACAGACUUCAUGUAUCAGAACUGCAAGAGAAUUUUCUGCUCUAAUUGAGUGAAAUGCCUCAAGUUAGAGCGGAGUUAAAACUAAUUUCACUGCAAUAUGUAUCCUCUUAAAUGGAACUUCUAGACUAGAGUAUUAAUUAUUUCACUUGAUCAUGCCCAAAAAAGAUAAGUGGAUCAGUAGCCAUAAUUCAGAUAAAUAUAAUAAAUAUACCAUGUGCACAGCGCUACGGAAUGUGUUGGCGCUAUAUAAAUAAUGUGUUAAAACCAAAUGCAAACACAAAUGACCAGACACUCACCCAAUUUCCAUUUUGUGUAUGUGUGUAUACGUAUAUUUGUGUCGCGAUAGUUCCUUCUGUUAGGGGGCCAGGCCGUGAGGGGCCCACCUUGCAAAACUGGUAUUGAAUAUAUUUCCUAUUGGGCAAUAACAAUAAAAUCCUUAUAGGAAGUGAGUGAUCUGCAACUACACUUGUAGCAUGGAAUCUCUCUGACUCAUUCACAGAGCAUCAAGAGGAAGAGUUUUUAUUGUGGUCUGCACCAGCCGGUCUGCUUACCUUUUUAUCUUACCUUAAAGGAAGACGAUGGUGUUCCCCCAAAUUUGCUGUAGAAGCGUGAAAAAAAGAGUUUCCAGCACUGAGUUUCCCUGUGCCUAAUCUCUACAUGCAGAAUAAUUUAGAGCUAUAUACAUGCCAAUAAUUAUAGACCUCAUCAGUAUCUGCAAUGGCCAAUCAAAUGCUCCUCAUAGAGGAGCAUGGGAGACUGUGUAUGUGUGGAAGGCACCGCACAUUCAUCCAAAUGCUUCUCAUAAGGUCUAAAUUCAAUUCUUUCCUAUGAGCAAAAAUGGUCACAAGUUUUACUCAUUUUCCUGUGUAAGCGCCUCUAGUGACUCUCUAGUAGACAACCACUAGAGAUGUGUUUAACCCUACAAUGGAAACACCGCCGUUUCUACAAAAUGGCAAUAUUUUGCAUUGCAUGGGUAAAACUACAGGACCAUUGCACCCAGACCACUUUGAGAUACACGUUCCAGAUAUCCAAACCCCACACAUACACAUUCCACUCAGCCAUUCCACACACACACAUAUCACACUCAACCAGCCACACACAAACCUGGGAGGGAGGGGGCCUGCUAUCAGUGCUUUCACAUUUAUAAAAUGUGCCACAGCACUCCUAGUUAUCAAAUUAUAUGGCAAAUAAAACUGUUUAAUUCCUUCCUCUGUCAUUUGUUGAGGACUAAAAAUUGCAUUUGUUUUCAUGUGUAGCCAAAUGUAAUUUGUGGUUCCUUUUAAGUUCAUUGCCAUACAGUUUAUUAUUAAAAUGAAGCAUGUGGCUUGAAUUUGUGUUAAAUAUAACUAGUAAGGCAUGUUUCAAUGUUGGGAUAUUUAAACCUGUCAAUGUGCAAGCUCAUCGUGUUUUACCCUGUAGCUUGCAAAUUUUUUAUUUUUUUUUGCAACUUCUUUCACUUAUUUUCAGAUUGGUGUCCCUUUAUUAAAAAAAAAAAAAAAAAAACUAAUAUAUAUGUAUAUAUGUGUGUGUGUGUGUGUGUGUGUGUGUGUAUGUGUAUGUAUAUGUAUAUAUAUAUAUACAUAUAUAGUUGAUACAAUGUUAAACAAAUAUCUGCACACCAGUCAAGCCAUAAGACUUGCUUUUCCCACAGAAAUCACAAAUUUGCAUUGAUGUUACUACCGCAAAGGAUUCUGGGUGGGCAUAUGCAGAUUAGUUUAACAAAGAAUCACAUUUUUGCCUCAUUCCAUUUUAAACAUGGAUUCCUUCGAGUCUGUGUUUGCUGUAUACAACAGCUUUGAAACACAACUAGGAAAAGAUGCAAAGCCAGUGAACCAAAAUAUAUAUCUCAGAUAAAAAGAAAAACACUUCAAACAGUCUGUCACAAGUUCCACAUUCUCAGAUUGUUUCCAAAACAAUGAUUUCAACCAUUUCCUAUAAUUACAAAAUAGUUACAAUCAAGAUUUUGUCAGUUUAGAUCUAUAUCCACUAAGGUUUAAAUUGUCUGCUGAUCUUGUAGUAAGAAAAGGAUAGGUUACACCAGGGAUCUCAAAAUCUGUCCCCGUCCUCCCCACUCCAGAUAAUGGACUACAACUCCCAUAAUUCUCUGACUGCAAACAAUCGAAAGAAAAUCCUGCGAGUUUUAGUUAAGCAAAAUCUUGGGGGAGGAGAGCUUGAGAUGUUUAGAAUAGAAGAAAGCAUUUGUCCUCAACCUUUUUUUUUUUUUUCUGGAUGUCUAAACAUGUCACCAAAAACGGUGUCAUUUUUAUGUGUUUUCUUAGGAUUUGCCAGUAAAGGUUAGUGCUUUAUAAAUAAAAUAAAAAUCACCAGAUCGUGCUUGGUAAAUCGGUAGAGUUUUCAGUUAUCUAUUUGUAUUUUACUUUUUUUUUUUUUAAAUGCAGCAUCGAUACCUAGAAUGACAAAAGGAAAGCGUGUAGAAAUGAAUCUUGAAAACAAAUAUAAAUCUUAACAAAAUUAACAAUUCUUUAUAAUUUAAAGUUUUCUUCUCUUUUUAAUGUGCAUUAGGUAUUGAUACCGGAGCCGUGUGCGGGAAAACGUGUAUGGCAGAGCCCGAUAACCAGUGGCUGGGAGUUAGCUUAUCUAGACAAGCAAAAGAUGGAGAAAUACUGGUAUGUUCCAAAAUAUAUAUUAUGCUGAUUAAAAACAAAAACCAAAAAAAAACACACACACACUUUUUUUUUUAAUAAAACGUACUUUGUAGUUACAAUUUAAAUUGCAUAAUUAUUUAUCAGUAAGCAACAGUGAAAGCAGUUUUGCCGUGGUUUCUGUGUUCACUUUCAAAACCAUGCGAGCAGGAAGUUGAUGUAACCAAUAAAGCAACAAAGUAGCAGAGCAUGCCCUGAACGAGCUAUUUACGGGUCUAGUUUAUUUCCCCCUGAAAAUUUUACAAGAGUCGGGCAGAUCUCGAGCCCAGCCUCAGGAGGAAUACUGCAAAAUGACUUCUUCACAGAGCAACACAUAAAAUAAACCAAAACACUUGGUUCACAUACGGUGCGUUCUUAUUGAUCAUGUCACUUUUAUUGCUGUGCUACAUUCAUUUGCGAUGCACACUGGUUUAAGGUUAAUUUACGUUUUACAUGCUCUACUCCUCUCUUACUAUGUGACUUGCGCUAUCCCUACCUUCAUUGUAACUUACAACAAUACCUAUCCUUCCAUACAGGCUAUCGCAUGAUAUCAUAUGCUGUAUUUCACCUUUCCAUCCAAUAUGCAAUUUUUCAUAUGCCAUGUAGUUUUAUAUUAUUAUUAUUAUUAUUAUUAUUAUUAUUAUUAUUAUUAUUUAUAUAGUGCACUGACAUAUUCAUGAGGUCAGUCAGUUAGAUAAGCCUGGCGCAGCAUUCAUUACAGACUAAAGAGGGCAAUGCAGGUAUUUGAAAGGCAUCAAUUCAACUUUAGCUUAAGUAAUACGUUAAUAGAUCACACCCCUGCAGUCUCACUUCUCAAACCUCUGCCAUUUUGGAGUUAAAUCACUUUUUUUCUGUUUUUGUAGCCCAAGCCACACCUCCCCUUGCUGUAACUCACGCAGUCUGUAUAAAAAAAAGUUUCAUUUUCAUCCAGAUGUUAACUUACUUUAGAAGUUUUGAUAUCCUGCUCUGUAAAUUGAACUUUAAUGCAGAGAAGGCUACUGCAUGGUCUAGAAGGCUACAAUAGAAGAGGAGAUAAAACAUUCUAAAUUAACAGACUGUGCAAUAAAGGAAGUUAAUCCUAUAGAAUGUGGCUGUUGAAUGACAGUCAGAGAGGGGCAUUGGAUGAUGUGUGGAAGGCAGGGUAUAUAAUACGCUGGAGAGAGAGUCAGAGUGAGAGGAAGUUGGUGAUAUGGUGAUAUUAUUUGACAUUGUGGGGAGUAAUAGUGAGUGAGGGUGAUUCAAAUUUAAAAGUAAUCACAGUUCUACAAUUGCAUGCCAGUGGUGGAUAUGGACUGUCUGUAAGCCAGUCAGUGGUCCUCUGCUAAAUCUGUCCCAUGUUUCUUCUUUAUGGGCUCUUCUGCUGAAUUAUAGUAUGUGCAUCUUUAAGAAAAUGCAGGAAAUGUAUGUGAGUUAUGACUUUAAAAAAAAACCUUUUACAACUCACACAGUACAGCCUACUAGUCUCUGAGCCUUCUCACCCACAAGUUCAAAUCAAGACCUGCAGACUGCAGAUGCAGGCUCUGCCUAUGAAUCAAGUCAUCAGACAGGAGAUGCUACUACUCUACAGGUGUGCUUGGGCUGACUGGAGGGAGCCUGAAUAGAUGGAGGUGAAAUUAAAGUGAGAUAAUUCAGAGUGCGAUUGAGAAAGCUGAAAAUGAAAUAAAAGCAGCUCCUAGAGUAUGACAGAAGUAUUUGGCUGGAGGGAGAGGGGGGUUGAUGAUAAUAUCAGAGCUAUGAUAUCCGGGAUAAUCCCUGUCUCAGUCGAGUUAGGCCUUGUGAAUAUGGCCAAUGCCAGGGUAAUGGCAAUUAUUGUGUGAGUCAAGAGAAACAUAUUAAUUGUAUUAAACAUUAGUUUAAGUCCCAACUAAAGUUAAGCGAAAAACAAAUUGAAAAACAAUUAACAUAUUGGUAGAAAAGUCAGGUAAUUGCCAUCCCAGUAUGGAUGGCGGAUGGGGUUGGAAGUGCGGGGCUUAGGCUAAGUGUAGCCAGGACAGUGUCGAUCUUCGCUGCGUUUGUCACUCUAUGUUCCUUGUCCUGGUGCUGCACAAUAAGUAGAUGUGGUGAGCCCCAUCUUUAAUUUACCCCUUUAGUGGCAAGGAUUGGUGUCGGGGGUAAGAGAGACUUCCUCCAUUGUAGGGUCAGGCGUGAUAGAUCCGAGAAAAAGGAGAGUUCCAUAUUUUCAAAACGGUAAGAGGUUUCCCCUUAGUGGCUGUCGUGAACGCGGCCUUGUCUUGCCCAUUCUGAAAUUUAUUUAAAAGGUCACUCACAUGGGUAUACUUUUGGUCUGCUGUGGUUUGGGCAGGCGAAACAUGCUGUCAAACUGAAUUCCCUUGGCUUGCUUUAGAGGUAAUAAGGCUGCAAAUAGCCUUCAAAGAAAAUGUGGCAAUUCUGCCAUGGUCACUUCCUCUGAAACGCUACAAAUUUUUACAUGUUUUCACAGCUGCUUGUCUUCCAAGGCAGCCAGUUGGUGGGAUAAGGUCUUUUGAACUGAAAUAAGAUAGCUGACCUGAUUCUGGAACUCUUGGACUUGGGCUGUGUGUGCAUGAGAGGUUUGCUCAAGUUGUGAGGCAUGCAGUGAAUCCCCUUACAUCCUCCUUACCUGGGAGAUUUCAGCCGUCAGUGUUUGGCAGAGGUCCGACAGGAGGCUGGUAAGUAUCUCCAUUGUGAUCGAGUCAGAAGGCCCUGCGGUCGGCUGUGGGGGCUUGGCUGGCCCUUAAUACCCUAGGGUGCUUGGAUUGUGAAAGGGACUGUCAUCCAAAAUGUUGUAGAAAUCAUCAAGGUCAGUCGUCUUGUUUGGCCUAACCUCCCCAUCCGGCCUCUACAGUAAGUUCCCUAUAUCAGCUGAAAAAAAUGGGACCGAUCGGGCCAAGUUUUUUUUUUCUUCUUCCCAUCGUGUCAGGGGCACUUUCCCUUUGUCUUCUCUGGAAUAAGUCACUCUGUGGGGCCCAUGUAUGUGCAGAUUAUUGCCCUGAUGUUGGAGCUCCGCAGACCUGUGUCUGUUCAGGGCAAGAGCUAGCUCCACUUUCCCACUGAGGAGUUAUGACUUUGACAUAGUCCUUUCUGUUUUAGGUCUGAUUGCAAGUAGCAUAUGCAGCAAGUGCAGUUACAGGCUUGGCAGUAGCUCAUUCUACACACAUACUCUACACCUCUCCAGCUGGAGACCCAACACAAGAGGAAAAUAAAACACUUGGGUAUCUGUCUGGUGGUUGCCCUGGUGCUCCUCUCCAGAUACACGCUUGGAAAGAUGGUUGCAUCUUCAACCUGCAAUACUUAAUUAAAUAAAAAAUGAAAAUGAACAGCAGUGGUCUUUCUAGGAAUUGAACUUUUACUUUUCUUGAAAACUCUGGCUUUUUGGCAGGUAUUUUGGAGACUUGAUCCCAUAUUUGCUACUGUAACAAGGUACAUAUAUAUCUUACAGAGUUUAAUUGCAGUUAUGUUGUCAAUGUAGGUUUCCAUGGUAGAAGAUAUUUAGGACCUGUGUUUAUACAUACAAUACAUCUGGGCCCCACCAGCUAAUAAGACAUAAAGAUAAAUAAAUAUAGAUGGCAGCCCAAUGUUUGUAAAGCUGUCAUGUGCAAACCAUACUGCUCCCACAUGUCUCUUUUAUGUAUAAAAUGAUAAUGUAGGAUUUUCAUUUUUUAAUGCAGAUAAAGCUGCAUUUGGAAACCAGCCUGCAGUCUUAGAACUUAAUUUAAUCUUGCUGUCAGGUCCAGCUUUUCCACCAGCUGCAAUGUUUAUGGGACCCCCUUCUCACUUUCAGUCACAGUUACAGUUGUUAGUUUUUACUUAAUUUUUAAGUAUAGUUUUUGGAAAUUCAAUGACUGACACGUGCUCAAUGUUUAUUUAUUGCAGGCUUGUGGUCAUCGGUGGAAAAAUAUAUAUUAUAUGACCAGUGAGCACAAAUUACCCUACGGAGUCUGCUAUGCAAUACCUUCAAAUCUGCGGGCCGGCUUAAGCAAAAGGGUAUGCCCAUGCUAUAAAGGUGAGAAUUGUGUAUAAUCAAGAUUCCACAUAUUACAAACCUUGCCUGUAGAACUAUAUCCUUAAAGCAUUACAUUUGCCAGAGGUUUAGAAUUUCCCUUGCUCUAAUUAAUAAAUAAUUAACCAUAUUUGUAACAUUAAGUAAAAUGUACUAAUUAUGAUCUUAAAAUAGUGCGGAUAAAUUCACAACGUGGAAUUGUGGUGAACGGAAAACUAAAUCGCAAAUUUUAAGCCACAAAAAUCUUAGUUUGAACUAAAAUCUAAUUCAGGUUUAUCUAAUUUGUCUAUUUUAGUCUAAUUUUUGCUCUUUGGUUUUCUUUUCACCCACUAUUUUGUGAACAUACCCAAAUGUGUCCAAAACCUUCAAUUUUGAUAAAACUGGUAAAGAUAAAACUUAAACUUCCAUUAACUGAACAGGAGUGGGAGUUGGGAACAUUGUGUUUUGGGGCCAAAAGAUCCAGGAUUGAUGUAGAAUCCCACAAUCUAAGCCAUCGAUUACAGGACUAGGAGAACAAACCCCCUGUCCCGUUUGUCAUAUUUCCAUAAUCUAUAUUAGAGUCCUUUUUAUAACCAUAAUAAAACAAUACAAGGUGGUAAUCCAUGUCCUGUAGAACACUCUGCAAGCACAGCUUACAUGGAAAAGGGAUAUUCUAGGCAAAACAAGCAGAUUUGAUGUGUAGAUCAUGCCCCUGUAGUCUCACUGCUGACUUUUUUUUGCCAUUUAGGAGUUAAAUCACUUGUGUUUCUGUUUAUGCAGCCUUAGCCAAACCUCCCCUGACUGUGACUGACAUGAGAAAAAUUGUGUCUUUUUCAAUCAGAUGUUAACUUACUUUAUAAGAUGUUAUAUCCUGCUCUGUUAUUAAACUUUAAUCACACACAGGAGGCUCCUGCAGGUUCUAGAAGGCUAUUAACACAGUCAGGAGAUACGAAAUUCUAAAUUAAACAGAAUGUGCAAUAAAAGAAGUUUAAAUAUUAGAUCUAUCAGGAAGGCUGUGCAAGUCACACACAGGGAAGUGUGACUAGGGAUGUAUAAACAAAGUGAUGUAACUCCUAAAAGGCAGAUAAUUGAGCUGUGAGACUGCAGGGGCAUGAUCUAUACACUAAAACUGCUUGAUUGAGCAAAAGUUGUUUUGGUGCCUUUAGGGUCCCUUUAAGUCUAACAUUUGACAAUGACUUUGAAUUCUAAACAAUUCACUCCAGGGUAAAUAACCCUAUUGAUUGCAAAAUUCGGACAGUCAUGUUAAACAGGGAACACUAAGAAAAGCUGUAAUAUUUUGGCACUCCUGUCACCUAACAUUGUUGGCAAGGGCCAACAAGAAAAGCGGUAAUUCCAGCUCCUAUUGCUUAACAAAUGCACAUCAUAUUGAGAUAAUCUGCAUUAUUAAAAAUGUGUGCUGAGACAUAAUUGUCCACAUUGUCAAAAAAAAUGUUGUGUUGCUAGUCACUAUUAAAAAGAGUGCCCUACUAUCAAAAACUGUAGAAAUUUGAGCCUAGCUGGAACAAUAGAAAAACAUAAUGUAAUACGAUAUUAUGUUGAACAUUCUGUUCAGUUAUGUAUUCCAUGAACUGAAAAAGAGUGGGAGUUCGGAACAUUGUGCAUCAGGGCACCCGAUGUGUCCAAAACCUUCAAUUUUGAUAAAACUUAAACUUCCAUUAACUGAACAGGAGUGGGAGUUUGAAACAUUGUGUUUUGGGGCCAAAAGAUCCAGGAUUGAUGUAGAAUCCCACAAUCUAAGCCAUCAGUUACAAGGCUAGGAGAACAAACCCCCUGUCCCGUUUGAUAUAUUUCCAUAAUCUAUAUUAGAGUCAUUUUUAUAACCAUAAGAAAAUAAUACAAGGUGGUAAUCCAGGUCCUGUACUACACUCUGCAAGGACAAAACAUAGAGGAAAUAAAAUAGAGACUACAACAAUGAUAUAAAUACCAUAAAAGGUAAACAAUCUGCAAAACAAAACAAACAAUAGACUGAAGACAAAAAUAUUUAUUAGACAAAUAAUAUACAAAAAAUAUCUCGUUGGGCAGAAAAUAUUCUCAAAAUACAGGUAAGAAGCAUUGCUAGCUACCCCAAGGAUGCCACGGACCUUACAAAGGUAUCUGCUUUAAGCAACUACGAAUGUUAAAUCUUUUUAUACAAACAUCCCACCACCUAGAUGGAUUAAGCAUGAUAAUAUUAUUAACAUUCAAAAGAUAUAUCCAGAGAUACUGUUAUACUACUUACACAGUAAAAUAAUUUACCUUCGUAUGAGCUUGAUCUGCAAAAUGCAGGUAUGUCUAUAGGAAUAAAUAUGGCUUAAUAAUAAAUAUGACUUAUUUCUUGAUCAUUUGGUUAGCCUAUUUUAACUAGCGCCACCCACUAUUAAGCUCACCCUAAAUUAUUAUUUACACACACCCAUUUUCGAGAACCCAAUAUCUACAUUAAAUAAAAAAACAUUACAAACAUCCACAAAUGACAGACAGACAAACAUUCAUGCUUCUGAUAUAGUUUUCACCCAGAUGCAGCAAACACUCCUUAAAAAUCGAACAAAGAAAUGCCAUAUAAACUGAUUUUUUCCAUCCAUUGGCUCAACAUGGAAAUUAAGAAAGCAAACUCCAACAUCAGUCUAGAACUCUAGAUCAGAGGUUCCCAAACCAGUCCUCAUGGCCCACCCACAGUCCAGGAUUUAUGUAGUUCCCUGUUUUUUUUUCAAUGGAGAUACUAACAAAACCUGGACUGCUGGUGGGUCUUGAGGACUGCUUUGGGAAAUGCUGCUCUAGACAAUUACCGUAUAUACUCGAGUAUAAGCCGAGUUUUUCGGCACAUUUUUAUACUCGAGUCAGUGUCUGUAUUAUGGCAAUUUAUAUUGCCAUAAUACAGACUGGGGGCUGGCAGCGAGCGCUUACCUCUCCUGCAGCUCCUGUCAGCUCUCUCCUCCUCCGCUCCGGUCCGUGCAGCACCUCGGUCAGCUCCCAUUGUAAGUGUCGCGAGAGCCGCGUGGUCAUAGUGCGGCUCUCGCGAGAUUUACAGUGUGAGCUGACAGAAGAGCUGCACGGACCGGCGCGGAGGAGGAGAGAGCUGACAGGAGCUGCAGGAGAGGUAAGUAACAGCUCUGCCAGCCCCCCUCCUCCCCCCACUGAACUGCCAAUGCCACUGGACCACCAGGGAAGGAGAGCCCCCCUCCCCAGCCAGCUAAAAAGCAGGGAGGGGGGACGAAAAAAUAAAUAAAUUAAUAAUAAAAUAAUAUUAAAAAUAAUAAUAAAAUAUUAAUAAAACAAAAAAAUGCCCACCCCCCACCAAGGCUCUGCAACACACACAAACACACUGCACUCAUACACACACACUGCAUUCAUACACACACACUGCACUCAUACACACUGCACUCAUACACACACACACUGCACUCAUACACACUGCACUCAUACACACUGCACUCAUAUACACACGCUGCACUCAUAUACACACGCUGCACUCAUACACACGCUGCACUCAUACACACACUGCACUCAUUAUAUACACACACUGUAAAUAAAUAUUCAAUUAAUAUAAUUUUUUUAGGAUCUAAUUUUAUUUAGAAAUUUACCAGUAGCUGCAUUUCCCACCCUAGUCUUAUACUCGAGUCAAUAAGUUUUCCCAGUUUUUUGGGGUAAAAUUAGGGGCCUCGGCUUAUAUUCGGGUCGGCUUAUACUCGAGUAUAUACGGUAGAUACAUGGAAUCUCCAGAAUACCCAGGGAAAUGCUUCUAGAAUGCAUUCCAUGGGCCAGAGAUCAAUAGAGAAACACUUGUGGUUACUACAAUUAUAAGCUAAAAAAAAAAAAAAAGCCACAUAUAAAGUCGUCACAUGUAAGGAAAAUAAAUGGAGAGUUGCAUGUUGCAACCCACAAAAACUGAUAUAUUCACUUGCAGAAUAAAAAGGUGCACAACUUGCCUGAUAGUUUUGGGUCCAAGGUAUGUAACUCUAUACCAAGUAAACAGAACGACAUUGAGAUUGGUAAUUUAAUCAUCAUUUAAUGAGGUGUACUUUAUAUUCUGAUUUACAGGAGGACAUAACUUUUCUAAAAGUGAACUUUAAAUUGUGGAAACAAAUUAGAGGAUUGUUAAAAUAAAUGCAUUCAUAUUUUGACACUUCAAAACAGGCUUGAAUCUUUAACCCCUUAAGGACACAUGACGGAAAUAUUCCGUCAUGAUUCCCUUUUAUUUCAAAAGUUGUGUCCUUAAGGGGUUAAAUGGCCCUCAUUUAAGCAAUAAACCAUGUCACUACAAUUUACUCUACUGGGUAAAUAUAAGACUCUCAGACUCCUGGCAUCUCUGUGUUAACUAAUAUUGCCUUGUUAAUUGAAGUAGACAAAUGUCAUAUACUCAUCUAGUAGUUUUGUGCCAUUCUUCUCUAAUUUUCAUUUGGUUCCCUAUCCUGUUAAGCUAUAUUCGACAAAUGUGUCUUGCACUGUGUGUACACUUGUAAUGUAUGUAUGCAUAUCUACAUGCAUAAGACAGGUUGCACUCACCUGAAAAUACAUGUUCUAUAAGGGUGCUGUUGGAACAAUAAAUACAACAUAGAGAACAUAGCGCAAUUAACUUUAGAGUUGUAAAUAUGCAAUGUUUUUUUUAAAUUGCAAUAUAUGAUCAUGCAUUUCAUGACCAUACUACAACACCAUGGAUGGCAUAUUUGGCAGUUCCUCUUUUCAACUUUCUUAAAACGGACAGCAAUAUUUGUAAAAAUAUUUGAUUGCUUUGGACAUGAUGCCUUUUUUUUAUCUUUAAAAAAAAUAAAUGACUGUUGAUUUUAUUUUUGUAUAGAUUAUGUUAGAAAGUUUGCUGAGGAAUUUGGCUCAUGUCAAGCUGGGAUAUCAAGUGCAUACCUUGAGGUAGGUGUUUUGUGUUUCAUUAAAUAAUAAUUAUGUUUCAUUUAAAUUUGUCUUGUAUCUAAUAUAUUUAGAUCACAUGUAUUUAAAUCAAAUAACAUGGGUAAACCAUGCCCUAUAUUGGUAAUUUUCUUAAAGUAACACUAAAGCGUUAGGAAUACAAACCUGUCCCAAGUUAUAGAGGUCCAUUUUACUUACCUUUUUCCAGUUGCAUGGUUCCCUUAAAAAAGAAAAAGAUCCCUGUGUAAAUUAUAACACAUGUUGAACCAUUCAGAAUAUAUAUUGUAUUGUCUUAAGUUCUCGCAGAUCUACAAAAUAUCUUUCACCAAAGAUUAUACAAAUAUAGCCGUGAAAUAAAAUUUGUCAUCUGCAAGUGGUUUUGUUUAUUGGACACACUAAUGAAAUAUACACCAUAUAUAGGUGAUUAACAAAGUAGCAAAUCAAAAUUAGCCCAGAAAUAUUAAAGGACCACUAUAGUGCCAGGAAAACAUACUCGUUUUCCUGGCACUAUAGUGCCCUGAGGGUGCCCCCACCCUCAGGGACCCCCUCCCGCCCGGCUCUGGAAGGGGAAAGGGGUAAAAACUUACCUUUUUCCAGCGCUGGGCGGAGAGCUCUCCUCCUUCUCUCCUCCUCCGUUCCUCCUCCUGGGCUGAAUGCGCACGCGCGGCAAGAGCUGCGCGCGCAUUCAGCCCGUCGCAUAGGAAAGCAUUUACAAUGCUUUCCUAUGGACGCUUGCGUGCUCUCACUGUGAAAAUCACAGUGAGAAGCACGCAAGCGCCUCUAGUGGCUGUCAAUGAGACAGCCACUAGAGGAUUAGGGGGAAGGCUUAACCCAUUCAUAAUUAUAGCAGUUUCUCUGAAACUGCUAUAAUUAUGAAAAAAUGGGUUAACCCUAGAAGGACCUGGCACCCAGACCACUUCAUUAAGCUGAAGUGGUCUGGGUGCCUAGAGUGGUCCUUUAAGAGCACUGAUAAUAUCCAAGACAUAAUAAGACUGUAUAUAGUUCAGUCCGUCAUAGCAAUCUACAGAGUUCACUGCUGAAUUGUAUACGGUUAUGUCCAAGUUAAAUAUAGUAUAUCUCUUUUAAUUUUUAACCCCUUAGUUAGACAUCACUGUAUUUUUCUAAAUUAUGUAAUUAGUAUGUUUUUUAUGGCAGACAAUGUAUUUUCUUACUAGGAUAUUAUGGUUAUGGGGGCUCCAGGAUCUCAUUAUUGGACUGGUUCACUUUUUGUGUAUAAUACGACCAGGAAUAAAAUCAUUUCCUAUGAGGACCGGACUAACACAGUCAAGUUUGGGAGUUAUUUAGGUAAGAUCUGCUGUUCAUUUCGUUUAUCGUGAUUUUUAUAUUUUCAACAUUUAUUUAUCACCAGCCUUUUGCAAACUAUUAACGGCUUUGUAUUUAUGUAACUCGCUAUUUUAUCAUAUUCCGUUUGAUACAGAUUCUCACAAAUGGUCAUGUUGUAUAUAUUAGAAUCACAAGUGCACUUUAACUGUCUAUGUUGCUAAGUUACUGAAACACCUGGGGAUUGAACCCAAAUGAAAACUUCAUGACUCUUACACUAAGAGAGGUGAAGAUAUGUCAAGACAUAUCACCACUAUUCUUUAUGCCUCCUCCUCUCUACCCACGAGCAUUGUACUGUUUGUUUUCCAGUAUCUCAACAGAAGCAUACACAAACUCAACAACAAAGUACAUGCUUCACAGCCAGGUAUUCAAUGCUUCCUAACUAAUAAUGGGAUGUUCAUGCUCUGUUUCUAUCAGUUACCUGGGGAGCAUGACCCCCUCCACAAAUUCUCUUACCUGAGUGCAUCAAUUCACUAUUUUAUAUUUAAAUACUGAAAGACAAAAUAUGCCUCCUGCCUAAUAUGUCACCUUUCAAAAACAAAUGCAACAUAUACAGUAUAUGGACAGAUAUACUUGAAAACGAGAGAAAUCUCAAUCUAUCCUUCCUGGUAAAAUAUUUUAUAAAUAAAUAUAUUCUGUAAUAAACUUUAAGAUCUAGAAUUUUAAAUGAACACUUCAAGUACCAAAACUACUACAGAAUGGUCUGGCAUCAGCCAAUUGUAAGUAGAAGAAAAGCGAGGGGCACACCCGGAACAUGCAUUUCUAAGUAGGGGUGCUGUAAAGACCAAAAUAUAUAUAAAGUACAAAUUAAAGAGCAGCACACACAAAAACAUACAGUUUUAAAUUUUACAAGGCUACUUAAAAUCACCUAUCUUAGCCGACAAAUAUGGGGAUCCAAUUCCACCAUAUGGCCAUAUUGUGUUAGACUCACCACUACAUCACAGUACCCCAAUAUCAGUGGAUUCUAGACUAAUUGUAAGUAAUCUAACCAUUUUAGAACAGGUCGGCUGCUUACCUGGUGUCUGCUUUUCCCACUUUUCUCUUCUACACCAAAUCAAAUAUAUAACAAAGAUGGUAUUUUAAAUUAAGAUGAUUUUAUAGAUUUAACCCAUUAUUAUUAUUUUUAUAUUUUUAUGUGGCAUGAACAAAUUCUGUAGUGCUUGACAAUAACUCUGUCACACAUACUUACAAGAUUGGCCUGACGUAAAACAUAUUAGCACUACCACAAUUUGCCAUUGUAGCAUACCAUUCCCUAUUUGGCAGAAUGAUAUUAAAAACAGGAAACUUGUGUUAUUAAAUAUAUCUGGAUACAGAAAUUAGGUAGUUAUUAGGAAAGCAAAUUCUUGUAAUCUAAACCAGUUGUUGUAGAGGUCACCUCCAUGCAGUUUGACUAUGAUGUUAAGAAUUUCUCUAUAAAAUAUGACCUUGUGCUAAAAGAAAUGAUCUUUCCAUACAUUAACCUGACAACUAUUGACCAUGAUUGUGUAAUUUUGAGGUUACUCAGCCGUUCUGAUUUCAGCAGGAUAGUCUGAUUGGAAUUGCUUCCUGGUCUCCUGCCUUUGGGGACACUUGAGAAAUGUCCCCAAAAUGUUUGUCAGAAGCCUAAAUUUUGAAAUUCUCAUCAAAUCCCUGGCAUUCUCAGUUUAGUGAAAUACCUUGUUUAUGUAGUCAAAGCAUUUUAAAUAUGAAGAUUUCUUAGAAAGAGAAUUUGACAUGUGUCGGUGCUGUAUAAAUUUAAAGAGUGAUUCUUGAAACAUCAAAACCAAAACAAGGACUAGACUGUGAAACCUUGAACCUCAUAACUGAAUAUCAUCAAGAACAUCAUUUACCUAUGUUUUAUGUUGGACAGCUCCUAAAACAAGUAGUGUAUAUACUAGUUAUAUCAAAAUAGAAAUAGAAUUUAAAGUAUGUGACACUUGUAUUGUAACAGAUUUUAAAGCAGUUAUCUUUAAAAAAAAAAACAUGAACUUUUACACAAUUUCCUUGAAUUUCUUUUUUUUCAUUCCAGAUACAAAACACAGGAAGGUCUGUGUAAGGGAUGUGGUUUACGUUUUACUUUUCUCAGCUUUUUAAAGUUUUGAUGCACAAAUUUCGUUCAUAGCAUUUAAGUAACAUAAACACGAAAAAUGUUUCAUGUCUGUUUAAAUAUCAUGUUCUCAGACCCAGUGUCUGUUGAAAAUGGUUCGUGAGUGCACGGAACUCAAAGACUAGUCAAGAACUUUGAGUUCAUAUAAAAAAACAAAACAUAUAUUCUCCCCCUACACUGAUAGUGAACUUUUAUGGCUAAUAAGCUUACAUUAAAGGAACACUUUAGGGGGAAAUGUUAGCAUACAAAGUAAGAUUAAGUACUGAAAUACUGAUUUCAGGAUGUUUUCGUAUGCAUGUGAAGAAACGACAAUGAGAUUCUCCUUUACCGUCUCUUAUGCGAUGCCAUUUGGUUCCUUCACUUGGUACUGAUCUCAAUAUUUGUUGCAGAAGUUUAGCCUUCACAUUUAAAAAGGCAUAUCUGUAUGAGAUAUAGUAAUUGGUAUUGCUAACAAAUGCAUUUAAACAACAAAAAAAUAACUUGAAUGUUUAGGUAAGCUAGUAUUAGCUCUAAUAUUACCUGUUGUAUUGCUUAGUAGUCUGUGUGUUUAAGUAAAUAUUUGUCUAUGAAUACUUGGAUGUUUGUAAAAUUGAUUCAGUAAAGUAGGAAUUGUGGAGAGCCAACAACUGCAAAUUGCUUGCCAAAAUGGAAAAAUUGGAACAAUUCUUGAACGAUCUUUCAAACAAAGUGAUUUUGGCAAACGAAUAACAGCAGCUUUGUGAAUUUCCACAAUUCAUGGUUUACUGAACACCGUGUAUCUAUAUAAUAAUUAUGAGCAAUAUUUGCAGCAGAUUAAAUCUCAGCCAUUUGGAUAGUAAAAAAAUAUUGCUGCAACGGAGAUUUAAUAAUUGUUUAUCAUGAUAAAUAUUGUAUGCAGGAUAAAUUUGUCUUCAUCCUGUAUACUCAUAACUGGGUUUGUUGUGACUUACCUUUUUUUGUACCAAUAUCAUAUUAUUAAUAAGUCAACAAUUGUCACUGUUACAAAACCGCUUAGAAUUUUUUUUUUCCUUAUAAUUUCUAGGCUACUCUGUUGCGGUCGGACAUUUCCAAGCCCCAGACAGUUUUGAAGUUGUAGGAGGAGCCCCACAACAGGAGCAGAUUGGUAAAGUAAGAAAAGAAUAUUAAAUUGUGAUAAAAAAUAAAUUACCCCCUCCCCCCAAAAAAAAAAAAUACUAUAAUAUUAGUUUGUUACUGUUAUCAAAUGUAAUUAUAAAAUAAAUUGCUUUAAAAAAAAUAUUUUCGGUAAAUAACAGAAUUGAAUUUCAAUAAAUAGGACAAAUUUUGCAGAAGUGAUUUGUUUUUAUCAAAUUACAGAAUAAUAUGGCUUUUUUUCUAUUAUAGCAAAGUACCCAUUUUUUUCUGUCUACAUAGGCAUACAUCUUUUCACUUGGAAAAUAUCAGCUGGAUAUUAUAUUUGAAGUAGCUGGAACAAAGGUCUGUGUUUUGUUUCUGCAUCCAUCUUUUGAUUUAAAAGUUUACUUUAUAAAGGAGAUUAUGACUGUUUAUUGUGUCUAUAUACUGCCCCUGUACUACUUAUUUAUGUCAACAUUUAAUUUCGGGUUUAACGUUGGGUAGUGAUUCUUGUCCAUGAUAUAGUCAAUUCAGUCCAUUCCAACUUGGUGACUGAGAGAUUCAGGGUCUCCAUCACACCUCUUGUAGUUGAGAUAAAGAAGGACUUGUGGCCGGUGACUGGAAAUGGGUGAAGCUGUAUACGGCAGGAUUUACAUCAUGAGUGCACGGCAUUCUCAAGUGCCCCCCAAUAUCCUCCUUUCAAACUAAGAAAGCUAAACUGGGGCAUUUAAAUAUGAUAAAAAUGUCUCACAUAAAAAGUGAGUGCAUGUGUAUAUAUGUAUGUAGGGUGGGCAGUAGCAGUGUGUAUUAAUACAACUUUAAAAAUAAAAGAAAUUAAGGAGUUACCCUUUUUCUUCCCCAAUUCUGAGCAUAAUACACGUGGACAUUUAUAAUCAACCAAAAAUUUAAGAAAAAGGACAAUGAGGAGGAAGGGAAUGGGAUCACCACUUAGAUAUUAUACCCCUAUUCCUUAGAUAUAUUGAGUGCAUAGUCUAGUAAUUAUGACAACUCUUAGAAUUUAUUGAAAUAAAGUUUUGGUUAUUUGCUCUAUUCUUAUCUUUAUAAAUUGUUUAGAUAUAUCAGUAGAUAAUAACUAAGAAGACUUAAUUGGGAUUGAUCCCUAUGGCAGUCACAGUCUAUUACAGUAUAUCCUAAGAGUUACUCCUUUUUAAGGAAUAUUAUCAUCUGUUGCCAGAGAAUGAACCUAGACUCUGAAUACUUUGUAUGACAAUAGGAUCAGAAUUGUUUCAAUGUCAUCCUAUAUGUGCACGAACGUUACGGUUAGUGUGUAAUGAUGUCAAAUGCCAGGUUCUCGCACUAUUGUUUGUGUUAAAGUUAUGUUUUAUCUAAACGUAAUCUAACACUAAAAUUAAACGGAUCUGCUGGGUAGAAUGUAUGCACUUUUAAUGUAUAGAUUGGGAGAAAAACACUUUUAAAAUGGGUUUUUCUCCCAAAUGUACAUCAGAUCUUCAGCAUAGUCUCUAUGCCAAUUAAUUGACCGACAAGGUAGAGCGCAAUAGACCUCCCACAUGCAGUCCUUCUGCUCUCCUAAGCAUAGGAGCUGGCUAUGGAGUUUAGGAAAACAGUGACUGAUGUUAAUGUUUAGAUAUUGGCAUGCUUGUGAAUGAAGCCAGCUUGUUGGCAUCACAGAGGAGGUUUGCUCUACUUGGGGAAGCUUCCUCAAGCAGGACCAAUGUAAGAAGAUAGCAAGAGGAGCAAGGACGGCCUGAAGGGGGAGGUUACACAAAAUGAGGAAAUUGCAGUGGUGAAACAUGGUUAAUGAGCAUUAUUCUACAUUGCACUUCAUUUAUCUCUGUGAUACAUGAUGUAUUCAAUGUAUUUAGGAACUAUUUAGUUCAAGUUAAAAUAUUGAUGACAUAAAAUAUGUAUUCUUAGAUUCAUAACUCCAUAACCUCUACUGCUGGAGGUAAAUUGGACUUUCUGACCCAUUGUACCCACUCUCUCUGACCCAUUGUAAAUACACAUACGAUGGCAAGAUAAGUUUAUAUGUACAGUUAACCAGGCAUUUUUGCUUCAUUAGAUUGGCUCGUACUUCGGUGCUUCCGUGUGUGCUGUAGAUCUAAAUGGUGAUGGCCUCUCAGACCUGUUGGUGGGAGCACCGAUGCAAAGCAAACUUCGAGAAGAAGGGAGUGUUUUUGUUUAUGUGAAUACUGGUGGUGUAAGUAUUUACUAAUUAAAUAUGUUACUGUUUAGCAGCAUUGUAUAUUAAUACACUAUUUGCCAAUCCUAAUGUGUACGUGUUGCUGUAUCCUUCCUAUUAUUUACACAUUAAAGGAACCCAGACCACUUCAUCUCAUUGAAGUGGUCUGGGUGCAAUGUCCCUGUGGCCUUAACCCUUCAAUGUAAAACAGUUUCAAAAAAGCUGCAUUGUCUACAUUGCAGGGUUAAGACAACCUCUAGUGGCUUUCUUCCAGACAACCAGUAGAGGCACUUCCUGUAUUUUAAUGGAGAUUAACUCUGUGAAAUGAUGUUUGAUGUCCUCAUGCUUUGCAUGAGAACAUCCAGUGUUUUCAUAAUACACAUAGGAAAGCACUGAUUCAUUGUUUUCCCAUGGGAAAGUUCUAAUGCGCCUGCAGUGACGACGCGUAUGUGCAUUUGGUCCUCUAUAGGCAUGAGGCGGGAGGAGGAGACCGGGCCAGCACCGAGGAACCAUGGCGCUGGAAUACAAAUUAGCCCAUGAAAUAUUAAAUGUAACAGAAAAAGGGAAAUAAUGUAUAUACAAAGUGGGGUGCAUUAUCCUGAUGAAAGAGACCACUGCCAUCAGAGAACACCAUUGCCAUGAAAUGUUGUAUGUAGUCUGCAACAAUCUCUAGGUAGGUGGUGCAAGUCAAAGUAACAUCCACCUAAAUGCCAAGAUCCAAGAUUUCCCAGCAGAAAAUUGCCCAGAGCAUAACAUUGCCUCUGCCAGCCCACCUUCUUCCCAUAGUAUAUCCUGCUGCCGUCGCUUCCCCAGGUAAAUGACGAUCAUGUACUAGGCCAGUGAUGGCGAACCUAUGGCACGCGUGCCACAGGUGGCACACCGGGCCCUUUCUGUGGGCACGCGGCCACAGGUUCGCCAUCAAUGCAGAGUAGGCACCUGCCUGCCGAAACGGCAGGCGCCUACUCUGCUUCCGGGUCGGGAGGCAGGGGGAGGAAUCUGUGAAGCAGCUCCCCUGUCCUCCCGUGCGAUGCUGUGUGGAGCGUUGCCGCGCGCGCAUCACAGAUCCCUCCCCCUCCAGUGCUUACCACCACCGGACCACCAGGGGUGGCUGUGUCCCCCCCCCACUUCAUUAAAGGUAAGAAGGAGGGGGGGUAUACUGACACACAGUACCCUACCCCCAAGUACCCCCAGCAGUACCCCCCCCCCAGCACCCCCCCCCCAGCAGUGCCCCCCCCAGCACCCCUACCACCCCCAGAGUACCCCCACCCCCAGAAGUACCCCCCCCCAGCAGUACUCCUACCCCCCAGCAGUACCCCCCCCCACACAGCACCCCUACCCCCACACAGUGCACCCUACCCCCACACAGUACCCUACCCACCACAGCAGUACCCUACCCCCCACAGCAGACCCCUACCCCCACACACAGUACCCCCCACACACAGUGGCCUACCCUCCCAGCAGUACCCUACCCCCACAGCAGUACCCCUACCCCCACACACACAGUACCCCCCCAGCAGUACCCCUACCCCCACAGCAGUACCUCCCAGCAGUACCCCUACCCCCACACACAGUACCCCUACCCUCCCAGCAGUACCCUACCCCCAGCAGUACUACCCCCCAGCAGUACCCUACCCCCAGUACCCCCCCAGCAGUACCCCUACCCCCCCGCAGCACCCUUACACAUACAACACACACACAGCAGCACCCCCACACACACACACACAGCACAGAAAAAAAGUUGGCAUGUAUUGCGGUUUGGGCACAAGGGCUCAAAAAAGGUUCGCCAUCACUGCACUAGGCCAUCCACCUGAUUUAAAUAGAAAAUGGGAUUCAGCAGACUGGAACCUUCUACCAUUGCUCCAUGGUGCAGUUCUGAUGCUCACAUCCCCAUUGAAGGCACUUUUGGUGGUAGACGGGGAUCAUCAUGGCACACUGACCAAUCUGCGGCUAGACAGCCCCAUACACUGCAAUUCGCUGUGUCAGCAUUAAGUAUUUCAGCAGUUUGAGCUACAGUAGCUCUUCUGUGUAAUUGGACCAGACUGGCCUGUCUUGCUUUCCAUGUGCAUCAAUGAGCCUCUGAUUCCCAUGACCCUGAUGCUGGUUCACUGGUUGUCCUUCCUUGCACCACUUUUGGUAGGUACUAACCACUGCAAACCGGGAACACCCCACAAGACCUGCCGUUUUGGAGAUACUCUGACCCAGAUGUCUAGCCAUCACUGAUUGGCCCUUGUCAUCAUCAGCUGGCUUGCCUGUUUCCAACACAUAAACAAUUCAAGAACUGACUGUUCACUUUCUGCCGAAUACAUCUCAUGCUAUUGUAACAAUAAAAUCAAUGUUAUUCACGUCACCUGCCAGUGGUUUUAAUGUUGUGGCUGAUCAGUGUAUAUGAAAAAAUAUUUGAAAAGCAAAUUUGUUAGUACUUGUACAAUGUGUACUCCUAAAUCAAAAAAGGAAAACCUAAUGCAGAAUUAGAUGAAAACGAAGGCCUCUUCCAUUUCAUUGUUUCUUGUCUGAGUGCUUAUUUGCAAGGAUGUCAAUAUUUGUGUGAACUCAUCUCGCUUACCAGAGCUCUGUUUUUCUUUUUAAUAUUGCUGACCUCCGUUUCCUGCACCCCUGUGAGAAUUCUCUGCUGUGCUUCCUUCUUGCCCCAAACAAGUUAUUUUGGAGGCUCUAUUUCAUUUAACUGUUUAAGAGCUUACAAUGAAGAUUCAUGUCAGAACUGAGACUUUGUCUUAUCUGAGUCACUUGAAGACAAGUAGGGAUUUCAGUUAUGAGAUAUUUGAAAUCAAUGAGGCGGUUUAAGUGUCAUAAACUCAUAGGAGAUUAUGAAGGAGAUACAAAAGUUCAGAGUUUAUAAAAGUAAAUCAUUUCAAAAAAGAAAUCUGAUUUUUAUUUUAAUGUAAUUUUCACUUGAAUUAUUUUCUAAAUGGAUUAUGUAUUCUUUAAUGGCUUAUGAAAGCACUUUUAAUUAGAUUUUAAUUAUUGUAAUUAUUAUUACUGGCAUUUAUAAAGCUCUAAAAUAUUGCACAGUGCUGUGCAAUUGGGGAACUCAGAACAAUGUACACAGACUAAUACAAAAGGUAAAGAGAGCCCAGCCCGUCAUGUAUAAAAGGAAUUUGUCAUUUUAUAUAAAUGACUUGGCUAGAUAGCCUGUGAACCAGUGCUAAUUUUGUCGACUAACAAUUUUAGUCAAAUUUUAGUCGACUAAACCUACACUAAAACUAAAACAAUUCAGAUGACUAAAAUACGACUAAAAUUAAAAUGUAUUUUUAUUAAAACGAAAUUGAAAGUUGCAGCCAAUAUUAACACUGCUGUGAGCUUACAAUUUAAAGAUUAAAACAUAGAUUUGAAACACGAGGUAUCAGGGGGAAUUUGGGGAUAAUGGAAGGAGACAAAUAAAGGAUACCUUUAGCCACAUAUAACAUAUAAAGGCAGGUAAUUGAGUGAGAUCGCAAACGACGGAACCACUAUAUAGGCUUAGUGAAAAUUAAGUAGCUCUGUUUUUUGUUGGCUGGGUUUCUGUAUUCAGGCCUAAGGGACGGGAAUGAAGAUAAGACAUAGUUAUCGAGGGACAUUGGAUGUUAAUUAACCAUUUAAGAAUGAAGCAUACAUUUUACUCCUAAUAAUACAAUGGAUUUCUUCUCAGAAAAUCUGGACACAGAUUUCAUAGUGAUUUCAUCCAAUAUAACCAAUAAGGGGCUAAAAGUGCCCUGUCCAAGAUUCUCAAUAACAUGGGCUUUCAAUGUGAAAUUCUGCUGUGUAAAACUAGCCAAAAGCUCCUCUUCUGCGGAGUUUGUAAAAUAUUCUCCCUUUUCCUUGAUCUAUUGAAAAUCUUCAUGUUUUUCAUUUUUUUUGUUAUAUUAAUAGUUUCCCCUUUUAGUUACACUUUCUCUUUCCAUCCUUUGUUUCCUGCAAUUCUCUCUAGUGUUGUGCCCUUUCUGAUCGUAUCAGCCAGUCUGGUUGUAUUUUUGAAACGUUGCUUCCUUAUUAAAUUUAAUCCAUUAAAACCGUCUCAUCUGGGACCACUGUGCCCCCGUGCAACCUAGUACACUGGAUUUCUAUCUAGGAUGUUCUCGUGGAUGGACUUAUGCCAAGGAUAGGCUGGCAUGAUCAUAUCAACCGGUCUAUAUUCAGAAUAAUAUGAGAUGAUAGCAAACGGUGGAUUACAAGUUACAACUCAAUGUACAUAAAGCAUAUAGAUGAUUAAACAGAAUGUGGGAGAAACAAUUACAUCGGGGAAAUGUAGGUGUUGAGGUGGGUACCACUGAUGAGAGAUUGCUUUGUUUAAGAGUCAUGAGGCCAUUGAUAUUCUUAAUUUCCUUCGUUUUUCUUAUUGUUGGUGCUGCUGUGAUUGUGAACGUCAUUUAUGUAUUGCAAGUAGUCUUAGAUAAUAGCGUUCUCAUCUCUUAUCAUCUCUUAUGAUUCUGCCAAGAUAUCUAGGUAUUUAGUCUACUAUAUAUGCAAUAUUCCAAUAAUCCAUAUUUUAUAUAAUUGUCAAUGUGUUUAUGUAUUUAUUUUUUAAGGGAGUGAUGGAAGAACUUCCGUUUGAACUUUCUGGAAGUGACUUAUACGCAGCAAGAUUCGGAGAGACCAUAACCAACCUUGGUGACCUCGAUCAUGAUGGGUUUGAAGGUACAAUAACUGUAUCUCCCUGAGUAGAGAUAGAAUGGCGUGAUCAGACCAGAUACAAUACUUCUAUAUGUAACAACAAUAUCUCCAUUAGUUCCAUUGAGCAACGUUAGCCAUUGCAGCAUUACACAGCUGGAGAGCAGGGACACAAAGAAUAUAGAACCAGGAAAUGUUAACACAAACCCUUAAAAGGGCCAAAUUGCUGCUUUAAACAAGGAAAUCAUGACUCACUGAAAGACAAUUAGUACAGAAAAAAAUCUAUGUAAACAUUACAUUCAGUCCAUAGUGGCUAUAUCCUAGGGCAGUUAUUUCCGUAUUAAGUACUUCAAACCUUCUUUGGAAAAACAGGUUUGCAUUCAUAAAGUCUGUUUUUUUAUGCCUUGAUAUUUACAUUCUCUGUGCCGUUUCAUUUGGCUGUACUGUACAUCACACUUGGCCUCUUUGUUCUUUGGCACGUCUUUUGGUUUGAUAUUGGCUUGGCACGUCUAGCUCAUUACUUAAUUUUAGAAUGAUUGGAGUCAGCUGCUCUAGUUUGUAAAUUCCUGUAGUCUCUUGAAGAAAGCUGUGGUAUGUAUCUGUUUUAGAAUAUUCUUAAGGACCAUAGAUAGAGGAAGGCCACAGGUUAUUUAUCAUUUGCUUUCUUCCAUGUGAAAAUAGCAAACAUAAUUAGUUUUCUUACUGAUUGCAGGAAAACAUAUUUGAUUAUUUUUACAAGUAAUCGCAUACAGAUACUUACUAGACUUGCUCACGGUGAAAACAUUUGACUCGGCUGGAUUGAUUUGCUCGAAAACAAAUUUUAUUUUCAUGGCCGUAGAUUCAUCCAGAGGAUGUUUUUGGUUCAGAUGAAUUUCAUCCAUAUAAUCAAUUUGGGCAAACCAAAAGGACACAAAAAUGGACCAAUUGGUGUAUGUGAAAUAUAUACAUACAGGGUUAUUCACUAAAGGGAGAAUUCAAAGUUAAUUCAAAGAAAAUUACAAAUUUAAGGCCAAAAGUCACUAAAUUAAAAGUAUUACUGAAUAAGAGAUUUUUUUCCAGGCCAGCUGUUUUGACCUUGAAUUCACCUUCAUUUCUUACUUUAGUGAGACAACCUGUUUAUAAAAAAAUAUUUUUUACAAACUUUGCAGUACACUCAAAUGUGCAUUUUCCCACCAUUCAAUUCACAGAUUAAGCAAGAAGAGGUAACUAAUAGAGGGAAUGAAGAUGGAACAGUAAUAAUAUAUAUGUUUUGAUAAUAUAUAUUUAUUAUAUAUAUAUAUAUAACCUUUUUUUUUACUGCUCUUCCUGUUUUCCCGCUAUUGCUCAAUUUUCACUUAAAUAAAUAAGUAAUAAAAAAUCAUCAUUUAAUGGCUGUUCACUAACCAUCAAUCAUCGGUUUUUCCAUCAAUCAUUGCUUUUUUUUUGUGUGCCAUUGACAGAACUUCAAAUCAUGAAUCAAAUGAAACUGCGUGUCCAUGAUCUGUGUUGUUUGUUUCAUGAUUCGUUAACGUGGCGCUUUGGAAUUACGGAAUUCAGAGAACUUGCUGAUCACAAAAUUUUUUUGAAUUUCUAUUCGUUUGAAAUUGAAUGCACACGUCUAAUAGUUACACUUGUAGCUAAAUAUGGAGCCUCAUCUUCUCAAGAAGGCCUGAUUUAAAGUUUUUGUUAUCCAUACUUUUUAAAUAUUUUUCCAGUGCAUAUUAUGAUAACAGACAUUGAAGAGACAUUUCCGAAUACAUGAGGAACAAGACAAGGUUUUACAUGAAAUGCCAUAUGUUCUACACUAUUUUAUAAAAUAGAAAACAUGGGUAAAACAAGUAUGCCUCGUUUCCACUGAGUGGUACGGUUUGGGUCCGUAUGAUCUGGUACGCUAUUUUGAGUGUUUACAUUAUGAAAGUGGCCCAUACAACCAAACCAAACCGCACCAUUCUUGGGCCCCCUUCAGCUGUAGAAAUGGUACGGUACGGUUAGGGCGGAGCUACUGGCGUCACACUAUUACACAAUCCAUUGAUUGGCGGACAGGAAAAUGUCAAUGCUCAUGACAAAUAAAAUGCAUUUGGUCUGAACCCCACAUGCCCCAAAGCUGUCCGACUUGCAGUGGAAACGUUCACCUGCAUAGGCUAGACCAUUCUUACCAUUCCGAACCAUACCGACCCGAACCAAACCGCUCAGUGUAAACGAAGAAGUAGUGUGGUCAGGAGUAUAAAUGUGUAAUAAAAGCGAUCAGUAGGCUAUAAUGCUAUGUCUGCAAAAGUUAUGGACACACAAGGUGAAAUAGCCCUAUGGUUAUAUUCAGGCGCGUGUACCACUCCACAGGCCCCAUGAAUUAAAUCUGGCAUAUUAGGGCAGAGCUCACAGUGAAUGAGAGAUAUUUGCAAGAACAAAAUAAAAAAUAACAACAAUAAACAAGGAUCAAAAUCUACAGAACUAGAGCUUCAUUGGAUUGUACCUAGACUAAUUAGGUAGGGGAUGAUGAUUGAUGGAGGCUAUCCCUACAUGUCUAGUGCCCAACUGACCUACAUUCAACAAGCUUCAACCUUCCACAACCUUCAACCCAUGCUACAUUUUGUAUAAAGCAACCCACUUACACACACUUAUUUUGCUUAUGUUUUUGAAUGAACUUUUAAAUAGUGAAUGCCUGAGAAGUAUUAUGAAUCAGAAACUUUUUAGUGUAUUGUUACAUUAUUAUUAUUAUUGUCUUUUUUACUCCUAAUAAAAUAUUUGUUAAUAUUAAUAAUAACUGUUACAUGCCAAGUACGAUAUAAAUAUCUAUGUAUAUAUAUAUUUCAUUUGUAUCUGGGUGAUAUACUAUACUGCCACUUAGUGGGGAAAUUAAUUAUGACAUAAUUCCAUGAGAAUAUAGCAUGUUGUAGAAUGUGAGUGAAAUUUUGCAAUAUCACAAUUUUGUACAAUCUUUACAAUUUGAUCAGUCACACUAGCUUGGAGUAAAUUAUUGUGGCUACUGUGUCACAGCUAGCAUUCGAGCAAAAAUAAACACUAGUUUCCCUCUGUCUUGUUUAUUUCUGUAAAUACUGAUGUGCUGCUGAAUAUUUUGGAUAAAGGAUUACAAAAGUGGUCAUAUGGCCGACAUCUCCCAUAAUGCUGGCAAAGCACCAGACGAGGUCUAGUCCACAACAUCUGGAGUGGUGAAAGUUGCAACCCAUGGCCUAGUUGGGGGAACAGAAAUUCUGUUUGUCCAGGGCACAGAAUGCUCUCCCCUGCUCAAAUUAUUAUGCCAGGAUACAGUGUAACAUCUGUAAUGUGGUUUAAGGAAGCCAAGAUCCUUAAUGCUUGGGGAGUGAAACAUGCACUCUCUAUUAUAAGCUUUUAAUAUAUUUAUUUUAUUUAAAUUUUCUUUCCCCAGAGUCAUAAUCAAAUGCCAUUGUAUAUCAAAUAUAAUACCAUAGAAACUAGGUGUUUCUUAUAUAAAGCGGUCUACCUACUUGUAUAUUAGUUGUGUUUCAAGGUACAUAUAAUAAUAUUAUAAGAUGUAAUUGAAUGGUAUAUUAAAUAUGUCUCUAAUUCGUUGCAGAUGUGGCCAUAGGAGCGCCUCAUGAAAAUGAUCUUGAGGGAGCGGUAUAUAUCUACAAUGGCAGAAAAAAUGGGAUAAUACAGUCAUUUUCACAGGUAUUUAAUAAAAUCCUCACAAAUAAAAAUGUUUGACAAAUUAGACCAUCCCAUCGGAGAACUGGCACUGAAAUAUAUCUUGCUUUUUGAUAUAUAUCUAUAUAUUUUUUUUUUAUUUUUUUUUUGUGGUUUUCUCUCUCUCCUUCUCCCUUUGUCUGUGUGAUGCUAAAGGUCAUAUUGUGAUAUGUUUAACAUGCAUAAUAUUAUUUAGGCAUAAUAUAUUACUGCAACUGAAGAACUGGAUUAAUUAACUGAGAGAAAUAUUUAUCGACUCAAAACUUUCAAAUAAUUUCUUAUGGCAUAUUAAGGCUACUUGGCAUAAGCUGUUGUGAUAAUUGUGUUGUGUGUUAUAAAAAUCUACACCAGAUAGAUAAAAAUGAAUGUUAUUUUUGAAUGGAAGAAAAUACCCGUCCAACAGUUCAAAAGAUUUGUUGAAAAUAUUACCCAAUUUUCCAGUGAUGCUUUCCUGUUGCAAAGUCAACUGUGUCGAAAUGCUUUUGUCUUACUUUUCUCUUUGGAAGUCAUAUCAUUGAGUUAUGCACUAAAAUCACACUCCUUCCACCAAAGCGAAAUCUGGCAAUCUGUAGUUUAGUGUUCAAGUAGUAUUUCUUUUUUAAUAAAAAUUAUAAAUAAAUCUACCCCAGAUGUCUAACUCCGCUGCUGCAGACAAGGAAAAGGCUGCAGAUACUGAGGGGUGGAAAAUGGUACAGAUGUCAUGUUUAUUUGUACUACACUUGAUUGUUUGAGAUUCAUCAAAAUUUUCUAUAAGCAAUGUAAAGUAAAAUUAGCCCUCUAAAUAGAAAGCGUUAGGAAGAAAGGUGUUAAUAAGUAUAAUAGUGAUCACUCUAAAUAAUUGCAGGACACUAGUAACAAUUUAAUUUACAAUUAAGACAGCCAAGACAAUGAUACAUUUAAAAAACGGCUUCUUUCCUGAGUCACUUCCUUAUCUCGUCAAUAUCUGGUUCCUUUUUGGAAAAGACUUAACACCAGUGUUUCCUUUAACUGUAUUUCUGAUAUUGAGCCAGGCAGAUGUAUGUCCCGAAUGAGUUUCUGUUCCAUGUGUAAAAGUCAUUUAGUGAGUAUAGAAUGAUUCAAUGUGCAGUGUUUAUAUGUCAGUCGAUAUGUAUUGUAACAUGUUUUGAAGUUAAUUGCCACUAAUCAAAAGUAUCUGUUACUUUUACAGAGAAUACUGGGGAAGACAUUUGGCAAUGGCUUACAAAUGUUUGGACAGUCAAUAUCUGCUGGGAUAGAUGUAGAUGGAAAUGGAUAUCAAGGUAAAAAAGCAUCUUAAAAAACAAACAAACAAAAAGGCCCCACUAAAAAUAGACUUCAUUUUUAAGUUGUUGUAGCCUGACAUCAUCUGUGAUGUCACACUGCAGGCAAUGUUCAGACAUACCAAGAUUCAUGCACAGCACUGAAUCAUCAUAUAUUUGAUCCUUGAUCUUCAAGAGUCUGACUGCUGAUUUAAUGUACUCGAGUUCCUAGUUCUUAGUGAAAUCCAGAAAAAUGUCACCUUGGUCCUUCAAAACAACGUUCUUAACCCAACUUGUGUUAAUUCAGUAGCAAGUGCAUUAGCAUCUGUUCUUUGUAGUUCAACUUGGAGCAGCUAGCUUCUAACUUAGGGUGAAACUAAAGCUUAAUUCUCAAGAACUAAUAUCUUCAACAGAGUCAACAUAGAUGCCAAUAGGAACCUGAUUUGGGCAGAAUUUAGAAGGCAGUUAAUACAGCUUGAUACAUUCAUGAACUUGAAUCUAAUGUCAUUUCUACUUCCGUCUUCUUGACUUCUAUUUUUCUUUCUUUGCAAUAAUAAAAAAAAAUAAUAAAAAAAAAUAACGCUGCUGCAUAAUGUAUCUUCUCUCAAGGCUUUCACUAAUAAAUUCUAACCACUCGUCAACUACACCCCACUGUCUGGUGAUUUAAAAAAUUGUAUUACAGAACUCUAUUUAUGGUUGUUGUAGAUCUUUGUGCAUUAUCAUAAUAGGAUAGGAUUAUCAGCCAACAUUAAUAUACAUAUAUAUUUCAGUUAAUGUGUAGAAUGGAAUAACGUAUUGGUGAAUGUGUGUACCUACUGUGACAUGUUUACGGAGUCAAGUGUCUUUCUUACUGUAAUUUUCAUCUAAUGUAUUCUACAGAUGUCGCAAUUGGAGCUUUCCUGUCGGACUCCGUGGUACUGCUGAGGUAAGCCUGUAGUGAUCCAUGUAUUAGUAUUAAUAUUACAGAUAAUAACAACAAUUACCCUAAUUGUACACAGUUAAAGGCAAUUUAACUAACUGUGUGCUCUGCAGACUUUCUAGUCUAUACGACUAAUACAUAGCUUCAUGUAUUAGCAAUUCUUAAAACUACUAAAUCAUACAAACCUGUUUAUAAGCGUAGAAGCUACCAUUAUUAAGUAAUGAAAUAAGUGUUUACAUUCCAAAAUUAUUUUACUGUACAUCUCAGGGCAAAUGAUAUAGACGAACCCCAUGUACCUCCAUGUAAUAUUGCCUUAAUGAAACAAUACUACAGAAUUUUGCUGUGAUGAUUCAUAAAAAUACUUUGUCUAAUGUAACAUUUAAUUGAAGGUAUUACAAAAUAGAUUCUCUCACAAAGCAUGCAAUCCCCAGGGGAGUGACCCAACUACACCUAUUAGUUCACUCACUCACCCAACCUACCAACCUACCAUAAAAGAAUAACCCACCACAACGUACAGCACAGUACAUACGUAGAACACUAAUUAACAACUGGACUGACCCUUUCCCUACACAACAACUAACCAGUCCAGAUCCACUCCGCCCCGAAAGAGCCUGGCACUGACCAUAUAAGACCAGGUACAUUCUACUUCCCGCACAACCCCCCCACCUCUCACUACCUACUCCCUCCCCCUCCCUUUUUCUUUUCUUCCCCUCUUACCCCCCGACAGGGCCGGAUUAACAUAGGGGCUGAUGGAGCUGCAGCUCCAGGCCCAGGCCCAUGGAAUAGGCCCACUGAUUUAUUUUUUAUAAAAAAAAAAAUUUUUUUUUUUACAUUUUUUUUUUCCACACACUACUCUUAGGGAUUCCACUUUUAUUUGGCUUUUAUUUUAUUGGCACAGCCAGUAUUUGGGGCUGCCUGGCUGGUGCCAAUAUUGCAGUGAUACUGGCAAUACAAAUGCUGGUAUUUUUCUCAGUAUAAACAAGAGAUUACUCUGCAAUACCAGCACUGGCCAGUAGGGGUCGCUGUAUGUGGAGACAGGCAGGGAUAGGAAUUUCCAGCAUAUCCCUCCCUGCCUAUCUAUACUCACUGAUCUGCAGGGGUGCAGCUACAGAGAGUCCAGACAGCAACUCCCACCCUGCAGAGACAGCCUACAGCUCAGGGAAGUAAGGGAUGGGGGGAAAGGCUGCAAGGAUACAUGGGGACACUGAGACACUAAGGGACACUGGGAGAUAUUAUGGCAGACACUGAGACACUAAGGGACAUUGGGAGACAUUAUGGCAGACACUGAGACACUGGGAGACAUUAUGGCAGACACUGAGACACUAAGGGACACUGGGAGACAUUAUGGCAGACACAGACACUAAGGGACAUUGGGAGACAUUAUGGCAGACACUGAGACACUAAGGGAAAUUGGGAGACAUUAUGACACAGACACAUGGGGACACAGUGUCCCCAUGUCUCCCAGCCAGUGUCCCUGGUGUCUCAGUGUGUCUCAGUGCCCCCAGUCUGCCAGUGUCUCACUGUCCCCAUGUCUCCUAGUGCCUCCAUGUCUCCCAGUGUCUCAAGUGUCUCAAUGUCCCCAUGUCUCCAAGCUAGUGUCCCUAGUGUCUGUGGCCCUAGUGUCUCCUUGUCCCCAUGUCUCCCAGUGCCCCCAUGUCUCAAUGUCCCCAUGUCCCCCAGUCAGUGUCUCUAGUGUCUGUGUCCCUGGUGUCUAUGUCCCCAUGUCUUCAAGUGUCCCCUAUUUUCCAAGUGUCCCCAUGCGUCCCAGCUAGAGUCCCCUUGUCUCCCAGUGUUACUGGUGUCUCCGUGUCCCUAGGUCUCCCUGUGUCCCCAGGUCUUCCCGUCUUCCUAGUGACAUGGGGACCCUGGGAUACAUGGGGACACAGGGAGACAUGGGGCAUUGAGACACUGUGAUACAUAGGAUCACUGGGAGACCUGGGGACACAACACUAGGGGACACUGGGAGACAUGGGGCACUGAGACCUCGAGUAAUCAACACAUGGGGGCACUGGGAGACAUGGGGCCACUGGGAGGAAUCCAUCUAUACAGCAGAAUCAAACUAAGUAGUUUUUUGGUGAUUUUACAGCAUUUUCUCUUAUGUCACUCCUUGUGAUUUACAUCAUGUGAUGUCCCCCAUACAUAUUUAAUUAUGCAAAUUAGCAAGGCCUGUAUGUUUUUCCAAGAAAGGUGGCAACCCUAACUACUUUUCACAUACUCUUACUUAAGUAUGGAAACUUAAGAGGGAUGUUUGGGAACAAAACUUUUGUGGACUGGCUGACAAUGAAUAUAGUUAAAGGGACACUAGAGUCACCAGAAGAACUACAGCUUAUUGAAUUUGUUCUGGUGAGUAGAAGUAUUACCGUCAGGCUUUUUGCUGUAAAUACUGUCUUUUCAGAGAAAAUGCAGUCUUUACAUUACAGCCUAGUGAUAACUUCACUGGCCACUCCUUAGAUGGCUGUUAGAGAUCCUUCCUGGGUCAUGGCUGCCUAAAAUGCAUCCAAACAUUCUGUGUCUCCUCCCUCUGCAUGCAGACACUGAACUUUCCUUAUAGAGAUUCAUUGAUUCAAUUCAUCUCUAUGAGGAUAUGCUGAUUGGCUAGGGCUGUGUUUGAAUCAUGCUGGCUCUGCCAGUGAUCUGCCUCUUUGUCAGUCUCAGCCAAUCCUAUGGGAAAGCACUGUGAUUGGAUUAGGCCAUCACUUCUAAUGAUGUCAGCAGACUGCUUGUUUUUCUGAGUCUAACAGCAUGCAGAGUUACAGCUUCAGGCUUGAAUACAGUAAGAUUUUGCUAUAUUUAUGGAGGCAUGAGGAGCCCAGGGGGGCUAGAUGGUGGUGUUAACACUAUUGGGUCAUGAAUUCAUGUUUGUGUUCCUGACCCUAUAGUGAUCCUUUAAGGUAAUGCUGACUUUGGUCUAGGGGACAGUCCUUAGAAAGCGUCGAGCAAGCGCAUCAUUAGAUGCAUUUAUGCCAAGCUCAGAGUGCUGUCUGCAUAGUAUGCCCUUAGUUGGCCAGCUGCAUGAUUGGCAGGCAGUCUGACAUGCAUUCAUACCAGGCUGGCCUUCUAAUUCUUUGGGCAGACAUAUCCUCUUUUUGGGCAUGUUCGCCCCUUUUGGCAGGUUACGUGAUUUGUCAGUGGCACACCCUUUUACCGUGCCCAUUGACUUCCUGCUUGACUGGACACUGCUGUUAGGGGUUAUGGAUUUACUUAAAAGAUGAAAACAUAAAUUAGAGAGAGAUUAGCCUAGGGUAUGUGUUUUAUAAUAGCUGCUGUUUUCUUUCUCUCCAGCACAAUCUCCAUCAGAUACAUGACGCUUGGGAGUGUUUUACUGUUUUUGGUCGAUAUGAUUCUGUAAUUAGGCCCGUCAUAAUUGUCAGCACCAGGCCCAGUGGGCUCUUAAUCUGGCCCUGCCCCCCGACCUUCCUCGCCUCCCCACAGCUCAUAUAGCUGACCACACUACCAGACCUGGGCCUCCACUACAUCCUACCCGGGGGCACACUUCCAGGGCUUCCAAGCCCAGCACCCCUACAUGCAUCUCCAUCAACUGUAAAGGCAUCAACCACCCCUCCAAAGACACCAAUUCAUGUGCUGGGCCAACCGGUCUCAAGCGGACAUAAUCCUCAUACAAGAAACCCACUUUGCUUGGGGCAAAUCGUUCACUCUCAUGAGCCGACACUACCAUAAAUAUUACACAGCUGAAUCCCAGAACGGAGUGGCAGUCAUACUCCAUAAGUCCUGCCCCCUGCAAGUUCAACAAACCCACACAGACCAGCAAGGGAGAUACAUCACAAUCUUGGGGCACAUAGGACCCCAACGAUAUGCAUUCACAUCGGCUUAUGCACCCAACAUCCCAAAUGAAUCUUUCUGGCAGGCAUUGCAAACGCAACUGACACUUUCCCCAUCCCAACAUCUAAUAGUGUGUGGGUACUAUAAUGCCACACACAGCCCAACAAUAGACAGGCGCUGAGCUAGACAACCCAGGUGCAAUCAACCCCCGACAGCCAGAUCUGAAAAAAUGUUACACUCAUUCAUAAAUAAAACUCCCCUCCUAGACAUAUGGAGGACCCAACAUCCGACAAAUUGAGAUUACACUAUUUACUCCCACACCUACCAAACUCACUCCAGAAUAGACAUGUUUCUGAUCUUCCCCCUCUGGCACAACACAUCCAAACCUCACACAUAGGCUCAAUAAUGUGGUCAGACCACGCAGAUAUCACCCUGAAAAUCACCUUACCCAACACCAUGAGACCAUGGUCUUGGUGACUGAACCCCACCUUACUCAACAACCCAGCCAUAAAAGAGGCAAUCUAAAAAGCUAUCUCCGAAUAUUUCACACUAAAUAAAGACUCAGUAAACUCAGAAAGCAUGUCGUCCAGGGCACGAUAAUAAACCUAGCUUCCACACAGAAAAAACAAUAUAUCCAUAGACUGGAACACACACUCCGAGAACCAAGAAACUUAGAAUACCAAUUCAAAAGACACCCAACAGCCAUCCUACCAACAGGAAUCUCCAGAUGCCAGGUGGAACUGAAGCAGUUAAUGGCUGCAGACGCAGCGAAAGCCCUUCAAUGGACCAGGCAAUUAUUUUAUGAGAAGUCUAAUAAGGCUGAUACCCUCCUGGCACAUAGGCUACGCCAACGAACCGCACACAAACACAUCAACAAAAUAAACGACCCAACUGGAAAAACAAAAGCACUCCCUGACCAAGUAGCAGAAGUCUUCCAAGCUUAUUUGUUAGAGCUAUAUGACCACAACCCACAAGCAAGCCCCCACCCGAAUACCCUCCACGAAAUGACUGACCGGUACCUGAACAGUCAAAACAUGGGCAGGUAUUUCAAUAUCCUGGAUGGAGAGAAUGGCAUCUGUUAAGAUGACCCUCCUUCCCAGAUUCCUUUACCUAUUCCAGGCACUACCCGUGCAAAUAUCCACAGCUGACUUUAAAAACCUGCAGACCCUAACGGAUAAAUUCAUCUGGGAUAACAAGAAAGCCAGAAUUAAAAGGGUGACGCUCUAUAUACCCAACAGAGCUGGGGGUGUGGGCCUCCCCCACUACAUGCAAUUAUUACCACGCAGCACAACUAGCACAAGUACAGAACCUACACGUCCACUAUGGGACGUUAUUUGUACGGUGUGGCUUCCAUGAUGAGGGAAGACAUGCUUUAAUAUAUUCAGACUAUACCACCCAUACAAGAUUUAUUAUUUUAUUAAAUAUAUAUAUAUAUAUUUAUUUAUUUUAUUUGCAUUUUUUCUUCUAUUCUUUAUUCCAAUUUUCGUUCUGUGAUUUCUAAACAUCCUGUAUUUACUGUACUUAGAGGAGGGCAGGUGGUUACUGGUAUUUUUUAAGGCACAGCACAGAAGGCACAGCAGAGUAGGGAAGCUAGUCUCUCCACUUUUAGCUUUCUCUCCUGCCUAUAUAUACGAUCUUUUGCAGGGCUUGCCGUUCUGCUAGUAUUCAAACCACAUUUAUCUUUGUCCCGCCUCUCUAUUUAUUAGACUAGCAACAUUUGUUACUUUUGCUAGCAGUUACAUUUGCUGUUAUUUUGUAUCUACUUUUUGCAGUAUUUCCUCUUACUUCUAAUUACCACUGACUCACAGAGUGAUGUUAUUGAAUUAUUAUUUCUUUCUUUCUGUUAUUUCUUUAUGUUAUCCAAAUAAAAGGGUUAUAUUUCUUUAUUACUUUAUUUAUUUUUUCCUUAUGUGAUUUAGGAGUUUUAUUUACUCCCAUCAAAGCAGAAGUUAUAUUUACUCUGCUUAUUCUUAUUUUUUAUUACAUCAAUUUUUUACACUAUAUUAAUUAAAAGUUACGUUUGUGAGGGACCCGCUGGCACUCCGACCGAGUACCUCCGCCAAUCGAUGCUCCUAGUGCUUGCUGAGGACUCCAAGCACUCCAACCGACACCAUCAGCACUGCAGACUUAUACCAUCCCCCAAGCAUGAGCCAAGGCUUCAAGAAAGGGUCAAGCAGGUCUGUUUAAUGAGCACACAAAAGCCACAGCACUCAUGCAGCAAAAUAACUCCUCCAAAAUGACAGUUAAGUUCAGUCAGUGUUUGAAAAUAUGACAGUUAUUAGAUCAGACAGAGUUUGAAUAUAUGACAGUUAUAAGGUCAGACAGAGUUUGAAUAUAUGACCGUUAUUGGAAGUUGCAGAACUGUGCCAGUACCAUUUAAAGGGCCAGAACAGUCUUUGAAAACACCAAUAAGUCCAAAUAGUGUUUCUAACUGGCAAAAUCUCCCACUGACCAUAGUCAUACAGCAAGAGGCUGGUAAUUAGUCCUCUCCAGGCACAAGUGGCGAAGGGCACUUCGUCACACAUCUUCCCAUUGGGGGGGAGACUAACCAGGUACUUGACCUUCUGCCGGUCAGUACUUGAGUUAGUCGAGUAGCCCACCCACAAUACACCAUUACUGCACCUGGUGAUUCCUGGUAUCCAACUCUGGCCUGUAUGUCCCAGGUUGCUGAGGGGAACUAGUGGGCAGAGGCCAGCAGCGCUAUGUCUGGAUGCCAGCGCUUCUGCUUGUUUUGCCGGUGGGUAUUCAGGCUCUGACCAAGAGGGCAAGGGAGGGCAGAGGCCGACCAUGCUCUGCCCGGUUGCCAGUGCGUCUGCUGGAAGGGGGUCAGUGGAGGCUAACAUCUUCUCCACUAAACCCAGUACCGGGUAAGGGGUUGGCUGUGGAGGGGAGGGGUCGCCUACCUCCUCCUUCUGGUACUCCUGCUGCCACUGGGGAGCGAGACCGGUUGUCUCCUCUCCCAACUGCAGUUAGGGAUCUGGGCCGGCUGCCCAGCAUCCCUGUAGGGCUGGUGGAGAGACCUCGAUCCCAUCUCCACCUGCCGUUUGGGGGUCCUCCAAGGACCAGUCCAUGAGGUCCCCUACCUCGGCUACCUCUGGUUGCUAUUGGGGAGGGAGACCGGUUGUCUCUUCUCCCACUAACACAUUCAGCCGCUGGGGAGGGAGGCCGACUGUCUCCUCUACCGAUAAGACAUACUGCCGGUGGGGAGGAAGGAUGACACCUUCUGCUCCCUGUGAGGCACACUGCUGUUGGGGAGGGAGACAAAUUGUCUCCACUCCCUGUAGGAUACAAUGCCGCUGGGGAGGCGGACCAGUUGUCUCCUCUCCCUGUGAGAUGUACUGCCGCUGUGGAGUAGGACUGCCUGUCCUUACCUCGGUCUCAUCUCCACCUGCCAGUUGGGGUUCUUUCCAGGACCUGUCUAUGAGAUACCCCAGGACUUGGGAAUAAGGACCACCUGCCUCCUCUCUCUGUAGCUCUGGUUGCAACUGGGGAUCUGGGCCGGUUGCCCAGCAUCCCUGAAGGGCCGGUGGACUAACCUUGGUCCCAUCUCCACCUGCCAGUUGGGGUUCCUCCCAGGACCAGUCUAUGAGAUCCCCCAGGACUUGGGAAUAAGGACCACCUGCCUCCUCUCUCUGUAGCUCUGGCUGCAACUGGGGAUCUGGGCCGGCUGCCCAGCAUCCCUGUAGGGCCAGUAGAGAGACCUCGGUCCCAUCUCCACCUGCCUGUUGGGGGUCCUCCCAGGACCAGUCUAUGAGGUCUGCUACUUCGGGUACCUCUGGUUGCUGCUGGGGAAGGAGACCGGUUGUCUCUUCCCUCUGCACGGUGCACUGCUGCUGGGGAGGGAAUCCGGUUGUCCCCAGCCGCAGUCUCCACAAUCUGAACUCACAUUCCCGUGCUGCUUGGUUCUCCUCAUCCAACUCUUGCAUGAUACGGACGAUCGCCUCUUCCGAAGGGCCUGGGCCAUACUUGACUAGCUGCCUCUUUACCUCCAUGAUGUAAGCGUCGCCCUCAUAGCAAUAGGUAAUGUUUGCUUGGCCCCACUCUGGACCACUAGCGCUCCGAUCCGUGCCUUGGAUUCCGCUGUAGACAAGGGCACUGCACGAGUGCUAGCGUUGCCCUCAAUUAUAGCUCCGUAACACUACCAGUGUCUCUGAGCUGCUUCUCUUCACACUAGGACGCCAUCCCACCGCUUGCCACCAAAAGUGAUGGACCCGCUAGCACUCUUACCGAGUACCUCCGACAAUCGAUGUUACAAGUGCUUGCCGAGGACUCCAAGCACUCCAACCGACACCAUCAGCACUGCAGACUUAUCCCAUCCCCCAAGCAUGAGCCAAGGCUUCAAGAAAGGGUCAAGCAGGUCUGUUUAAUGAGCACACAAAAGCCACAGCACUCAUGCAGCAAAACAACUCCUCCUAAGAGGAAAACAAAAUGACAGUUAAGUUCAGUCAGUACCCUUUAAAGGGCCAGAACAGUCUUUUAAAACACCAAUAAGUCCAAAUUGUGUUUCUAACUGGCAAAAUCUCCCAGGGAUUAUAGUCAUACGGCAAGAGGCUGGUAAUUACAUUGUGACGAAGGGCACUUCGUCACAACAUUUUAUCAGGGUUACUCGUAUUUCAGAAGGGUUCACCUACUAAAUGGUUCACCCUUUUGUUUUUUUCUCUCUAUUCUUUAGUACACUCACUCACCCUCACUAUACAUCUGGCUGCCCAAAGCAACCUGACCACAACUACCCACCACCACCCCUGCACUCCUAAAUUCCAUAAAACUCUGAAAUAAGCUCACCACCAAAUGUUCCUUGGUAUCCACCCCCUCUCCACUCACACUGGUCUUAUGCAAGGCCCAAUUCACCCCAGACAUGACCCCACAACAUUUCUCCAGAUUGGAGGACAAUGACCUCCUCCGUUUCUAACAAUUCUUCCAUAACCAAAAACUUCUUCCAUUCUCAGACCUCCCCCGAUGCACCCCGCUAACCACCUUCGACCACUUCCGUUACCUCCAAAUUUGCAGCUACUUAGACACACCCGCCAAUAAAUAAGUAGACACAACAACUCUCACCCCCCUUCGAACAAGCUUGCAUGACCUGCCCAAUCCAAAAAAGCCGAACAUCCACACUAUACUCCCAAAAUCAUCACCUCCUUUCACAAAGGCUUCUUAACAUACGCAUACACAUUCUUAACAUAUGCAUACUCGGACUGGGGGAAAUAUGGGAGGCCACGGCCUCAGUCUAAAUUUACACAAAUAACUUGCUAAUGCACUGGCACCCAACGCCACUCCACCUCAGACAAAUGGGAAUCUCGGACAAUGACCUGCGCUGGAAACAGUGUGGGGGGAAGUGUGGCACAUAUCUUCAUGUUUAGUGGAAAUGCACACAUAUAGCACCACUAUGGCUUCAAAUAUUACAACAUCCAAAAUACUACACACUAAAUUCCCACUAGACCCAUCGGCCUGGCUUCUCUCGAAACCACUUGACAACACCCCCUGCUGCCAAAACAAACUGAUGGCAAAGAUCACGCUGGCUACCAGAAGAGCGUUUGCAGAAACAUGGGGCAGACCCGAGAUAACAUCCCUCCAAAUGGUGAUACGCAAGAUAGAGGAAGCCAGAAAGAUGGAUAAAUUGUCCACACUGGUACAUGACACCACAACACACUUCAAUAAUGGUGGUUCUCAUGUAGGCAUGGCUCUACGAGGUCCCUCAAGCCUACAUGAGAACCAAGGACAAAAAAAAGCCAACAGCAACAUCCUACCCCCAUCCCAUCCCCCCAUACAAAUCCAACUCCCUACCCUACCACCCCAGGAGACUCUCCUCUUCUUUCCUCCCCCCCUUUUUUCUUUCUCUCCCCCACACCUAACCCUCCCCUCAAGCCCCUCCAACUACCCUCCUCCCUUUCUGUCGCACUCACGACAUGCACCCACCACCACUCACCAACCCUGACACGAAUCCAUGAAGCACAAUACAUAUAAACGCUAACCUACACACGGUAAUCAAAGGCAAAUAACAACCGGAAGGUCCACGCAUGACGGGCCAUCCAAUGCAGACACCAACACCAUACUAUCCAACUCCAAACCACCAACACACAAAGAGUGACUAACAUGACAGACACCAAGCUGAUUUUUUGGGUGGAAAUCCCAUGGACUAGAAUAGUUUUAUUGCAUCCAGAGAGAGAACACAAUCUUUCUCAGACUUUUCUGAUGCCCAUUUAAUCCAAGCAUGUUCUGGUUUCAAAUCAGACUCUUACAUCCUUUACGGUAUCUAUAAGACCACAAUAUCUCCUAUUUCAGAAAUGCACUACAUGUGUUUGAAUGAUGUAGUCUAGUGGUGAAUCCAUUUUUCAAGCUGCAAUAAACAUACAUGUAUACAGCAAGUCAUUUGGGAUAAUUUAACCAAUAACUAUAAUCUGGUUUCUGAUCCUGUUCUCUCUGUAGAACCAAGCCGGUGGUCAUUGUCAAUGCAACGUUAGUGAUGGCAAGUUCUGUAAAUCGGACGAAGGUCAACUGUAUUGAAAAUGGACAUCCUGCCGUGUGCAUUAAUGUAACAGUCUGCUUCAGUUACGAAGGACUGGAAGUCCCAGGUCACAUUGGUGAGUUGAUAAGUUAUCUAUUUUGAAAUACUAUGUUUCACGAGUUUGCCAACACACAUAUAUAAAUCUAUAAAUUUGUGCCUAGUAAGAAUAUUUUGGUUAUUAUCAUUAUAACAUUAUUUUAUCUGGUGCCAAAUGCUAAAGCCCUAGGUACAUCAUUGAAAUGGUAUAACAAUACUUACAGUAGAUUUUGAAAGGCUUGCCAACAACUUCACAAUUUGAAGAGGAAAGUAUGUCUAUCAAAAAAUGUCUUUACUUCUAUAAUUGACCUUAAAUCUCUAAAGAGGCCAUUGCUCAGGUCUUUAUUAUUGGCAUAGAUGUUAAGAACGAAAGGGAGACUGUUUAUUCACUGAAAUGAAAAACUCUUUAAAAAAAAAUUAUGACACAAAUCAAAUAUAUUAUAUUACCUAUGAAUGAAACAAAAAAUUAUUUGUGUUAUGAACGUGGCAGUGAUACAUCAGCAGAGACUGAUAUAAAAUUAGGAACCUUAAAAUAUUGAUAAAUAACGAAUUAAACAAAGAAUAAUCACAAUGAUAUUUGGGUUGGGCAUUAUUUUUGUAUUGUAUUCAUAGUUUGGCACUAUAGAAAAGAGCUCUAUCACUUCAGGUGGUUCUAAAUCUGUUCAGGUCAAGCUCCCUGGAACUUUUAUUUGUUCCUAGGACCACAUGCCAUACAAUGGCAUGAUCCCUAAUAGCUAGACUGUUUGACAUCUGCUUUUCAUCUCUGUUAGAUGCUACAAAACGGCUUCUCAAUAAUUAAGAUCAUUAGACUACUUGCUGGAUGCUAAUGCUUUCCUUAUUGUUGUGUGUCAUUUCCAAUUUGCAUAGACCCUCUUACAGCAUAUAGUACCGAGUUUGCACAGGGUUAUCAUUAACGUUUCUUAUAUGUCUUUGAAUACUAAACAUUAAUGCAUGGCGUCUCUGUAUCCGAGCUUUACUGGUCAUAUUUAUGUCCCUGUUUCUGUGUAACUUAUGAGAAUACCAGUUUGCACAGGCUGCAAGAUUCCAUAGGCUCAACCUGCAUGGAACACUCACUGUUGCAAGUUCACACUAAAUCUAACCACAAAACCUCCUAUGCCAGUUAUCUUUAGAAAUACACUUCUUUGGAUUCUCCCCUCUCUAUGUUCCACCUACAAUCAGAACUAGUUUUUCCCUCUCUUCUGAGCAAACACUCUCCUCUCGGGUGCUCUUAAAUUCAGAUCAAACUCUUAAGCUAUGUAUUUAAAUCCUUACAAACACACUAUGACAAUAUCUAAAAGAUAUUUUUGGGUCCAGCACUAGAGCACUAAAAGAAUUUUUGGGUCAAAAUUUAUCUCCAUUUUAUUUGCAAAAAAAAUUAAAAUCUACUUUUCUCCACUCUCUGCGCGAUAAUACAUCUAGUGAGUCUUGAAGCCAUGACUUUACUAUAAGGUGCUUUUACUAUUUGCUCCUGUCUCUAAAUCACCCUUGUCUGUGCAUACCUAUUUGUAUACCUAGAUCAGUUUUCCUAGCUUAUCCCAAGGGAAGAUCAUUUUCCAUAAUUAUUCUUAAUGAAGCACUCCAAUUCAUUUAUGCUUCUACUGAGAUCCUACUCAAGUUCUAACUCCUAACUUAUUCUCAGUGCAUGCUAGUAGUAGCACGUUGCUGGUGCUUGUGAACAUCUUAGGGCCUAUGAGGAAAGGAUAGCUGAUUAUAUAUGCAGCGGUUUCUAAACUUGGUGUCCCUUCAAUCAUUGAAACUACUUCCUUUUGUCUGGGUGAAACUGUCCAAGACUGUUUACAAAGCCACAUGCCCAAAGCAACAAGUACUGUUCUUGCAAGCACAAUGUGGGCCAUGCACACUGAUUUGAUGCAGCGUAAUAUCCCAAAAUGGCCACCAGGAUUAAAAUUUCUGAAAUUUAGGCCUGUAUUUAAUAUUUUUGAAUAAGCUUUUCAAAUGAUUUCAUAUUUAUGGAUAAACUUAUUAAAAAAAAAAAAAUAUUUUAAUAUUUUGAAAUUCUUUAUAUAUUUUUUAUUAUACAUGUUCUAUUUUUAUAGUUGAAUUUUUUGGGGAAUUUUUAUUUUUAAAGCCCUGCUUUCACCCGGAGGGCUGGCGGGCGCACGAUGGAGCACUCUCCCCUGAGUGCUUCCUCUUCAGCUCCCUCGCGCAGCGCACUGAUACCGGAGCCGGAAGAUGACGUCAUCUUCCGGCUCCGGCAUCAGUACGCGGCGCGAGAGGAAGCCGAACAGGAAGCACUCAGGGGAGAGUGCUCCCUCGCACGCCUGCCAGCCUGCCUGCCUGCCCGCCAGGUGUCACCUCUGGACCCCAGGGAAUCCCCUCAGCACUCCCUAAGGUAAGGAGGCUGGGGAGAUUAUUAUUUUUUUUAAACGGGAGUGUGUGUGUCAGUGUUAGUGUGUGUCUGUGUUGGUGUCUGUUAGUGUGUGUGUGAUUUAUAAGUGAGUGAGUGACUGUGUGUGUCUGUUAGCUAGUGUGUAUGCGUCUGUUCGUGAGUGUGUGUGUCUUAAGCACUUACCUUUCUCCAGCACCGGACUCUCUUGGCGCUGGGAAUCUCUCCGCCCCGAUCCGCCUCUCAGCUCCGAAUGUGCAUGCGUGGCAAGAGCCGCGCACGCAUUCAAACCGCCCAUAGGAAAGCGUGCGGGGGGGCCACGGAUCAGUUUUCGCACCGUGGCCCCAUAGGUUGUGUGUACGCCACUGAUUCCAAAGAUGGGGUCAGAUCAGAAAUGUAAAUAUAAAAAGUUCCCAGGAAAAAGUGAUGCAAAUUCGCAUGAUCCCAUUUUACUAAAAUUACCUUCUAUAAUUUUAUGGGUUUUUAUUUAUUUUUCUUUCAGUUUUACACUAUAAUAUCAGUUCAGAUACGAGAAGAAAGACCGGGACACAUGCAAGAUUCUACUUUUUAUCAAACGGAACAAUGGAUGUGAUUUCAGGAGCUAUCAACAUUCUGCAGCGGAUAGCAAAUUGUAAAACAUACCAGGCUUUCAUGCGGGUAAUUUUAAACAUGUUCCCUUGAAAUCUAAAUCAAGGUUGCUUCCUGUCUUUGGCAACUAGACUUGUUCAUAGAUCACAUAAAAACACACAAGAGGAGAAUUGCUUUCUAUAAAUUGAUUUAUCUCUAUCAUAUCUAUUUUCUAAGAAACUAUUGACAUUUGCCACAAUGGUUCGUGUUAUACACCUGCUUAGAGAAUGUCUUUCUCAUGAAUAAUGCAAUUUUUACUUGUCACAUCAAUGAACUUUGUGACUGUUUUUUUUUUCUAUGUAUCCGUUUCCAAGAUUACUUAGUCAUUAAGAUACGGUUACAAUUUGUAUUAAAGGAGUAUUCCAGACUGGAAGUGAUUCUCAGUGUUUUAAUGCAGGAUAUAGAAUAUCCAGUAAAAUUUAUGCAAAAAACAAAUUCUAAAAAAAACUUAGUUCUAAUGCAAGGCAUGAUCUCUAUACAUCCAAGGAAGUAGAGUGACCAACCACAAGCCUGUAUUCUGCUCCAUAGAGCCUGACAUUUUAGACAUAUUUCACCUUGUAGUGCAAAGGUUAAAGUGUAGAUCGGUACACGCAGUUUAACUCUGUUUGCAGAAGUUAGAAAUCUGACAGUAAAUAACCUACACAGAAGAGAUAACUAGAACCUGUGUCUCUUUUACCCUCAAAUCUGAUUACCACAAACUCGGUGUUCACUGUGUGUACAGAGUGUAGUAGGAUGGAGAUGAGUAGCAGAUUUCAAAGUUCUAUGUGCACAGCUUCCAUUCUGUUAGUCCAGGGUUUCUGGAAUGCGCAGUUUGGUUUUCCACUCAUGUAAGCUGUUGCCUGAACUACAAAUUCAAGAAACUUUAGCUGUGUCUCCUGAGUGUAACGUUGUUAUUGGAGAAAAUACUUCCAGGUAGGAGAGUAGUGAAAAAAGGGCACGCUUAUGGAGCUGUGAUAUCACGUUCUGAGUACAUUAACCAGCAAGAAUGAAGUGGUUUGUUGUGUUUCAGAUGAGGAAGAGUAAGAUGCAGAAUGCACAAUUGUGUGUUUUGUUUGUUUGCUUUUUUUUUAAAUAAAAUGAUACAGAAUUUAACAUGCAAAAAUACAGCUAAUUAUUAAGGCUGCAAGAUAAAAAUGCAUAAAUAAAGACAACGUUGGUUCUAGUCAAAGUGUCGCAUCACAAAAGUAAGAAAAGUAUAUCCAGUACAAAUGCACAUGGAAUGUAAUUGAUUUGGUUUCUGUUUUAGAAAGAUGUGCGGGAUAUUCUUACUCCAAUACACAUGGAAACCCGUUAUCAUCUUGGAGAACAUAUAGUGUAUAAGAAAAGUAAGAGAAAUGUGCAAACAUUUACCCCACUCCAACCAAUUCUUCAGCAGCAAGAAAAAAGUGACCGUGUAAUAAGACAUGUGGUAAGAAAAUAUUGUAUUAUUUUAUGUUUAGUACAUCAUUUUAUUUUUUUUAUUUGUUUUCCCUCUUAAUUCUCUUAAUUAUAAAUGUAGCUUCCACUGUACAGUAUACUGGCUAGGACAUGCAAAGUAAACCAAUUUUAACUUGCUCAAUAUGGUAUAAAAUAGAGGUUUAUUAGACACAGUGCAAUUGUUGAAGACUGACUAGACAGUAUAUAUGAUGACUGAAGGCGAGUUAGACAGUGACAUACAAUGAUUUGAAGGUUGGCUAGACCGUGUAUACAAUGAUUUGAAGGUUGGCUAGACCGUGUAUACAAUGAUUUGAAGGCUGGCUAGACCGUGUAUACAAUGAUUUGAAGGUUGGCUAGACCGUGUAUACAAUGAUUUGAAGGUUGGCUAGACCGUGUAUACAAUGAUUUGAAGGCUGGCUAGACCGUGUAUACAAUGAUUUGAAGGCUGGCUAGACCGUGUAUACAAUGAUUUGAAGGCUGGCUAGACCGUGUAUACAAUGAUUUGAAGGCUGGCUAGACCGUGUAUACAAUGAUUUGAAGGCUGGCUAGACCGUGUAUACGUGUAUACAAUGAUUUGAAGGCUGGCUAGACCGUGUAUACAAUGAUUUGAAGGUUGGCUAGACCGUGUAUACAAUGAUUUGAAGGCUGGCUAGACCGUGUAUACAAUGAUUUGAAGGCUGGCUAGACCGUGUAUACAAUGAUUUGAAGGCUGGCUAGACCGUGUAUACAAUGAUUUGAAGGCUGGCUAGACCGUGUAUACAAUGAUUUGAAGGCUGGCUAGACCGUGUAUACAAUGAUUUGAAGGCUUACCGCAUGAUUUGAAGGCUGGCUAGACCGUGUAUACAAUGAUUUGAAGGUUGGAAGGUGAAGGCUGGCGCUAGACCGUGUAUACAAUGAUUUGAAGGUUGGCUAGACCGUGUAUACAAUGAUUUGAAGGCUGGCUAGACCGUGUAUACAAUGAUUUGAAGGCUGGCUAGGCCGUGUAUACAAUGAUUUGAAGGCUGGCUAGGCCGUGUAUACAAUGAUUUGAAGGCUGGAUACACCGUGUAUACAAUGAUUUGAAGGCUGGCUAGACCGUGUAUACAAUGAUUUGAAGGCUGGCUAGACCGUGUAUACAACGAUUUGAAGGUUGGCUAGACCGUGUAUACAAUGAUUUGAAGGUUGGCUAGACCGUGUAUACAACGAUUUGAAGGCUGGCUAGACUGUGUAUACAAUGAUUUGAAGGCUGGCUAGACCGUGUAUACAAUGAUUUGAAGGCUGGCUAGACCGUGUAUACAAUGAUUUGAAGGCUGGCUAGACCGUGUAUACAGUGAUUUGAAGGCUGGCUAGACCGUGUAUACAAUGAUUUGAAGGCUGGCUAGACCGUGUAUACAAUGAUUUGAAGGCUGGCUAGACCAUGUAUACAAUGAUUUGAAGGUUGGCUAGACCGUGUAUACAAUGAUUUGAAGGCUGGCUAGACCGUGUAUACAAUGAUUUGAAGGUUGGCUACAAUGUAUGUAUAAUCAUUUGAAGGGUUGGCUAGACUGCAUAUACAAUGAUUUGAAGGUUGGCUACAAUGUAUGUAUAAUCAUUUGAAGGGUUGGCUAGACAGCAUAUACAAUGAUUUGAAGGUUGGCUAGACAGUACAUAUAAUUAUUUGAAGGUUUGCUGGACAGUAUAUGCAAUGACUGGAGGUUGGCUAGACUGUAUGUAUAAUGGUUUGAAGGUUGGUUAGACAGGUUAUCAAAUGCUUAUGUUUUGCUUGUGCAGCAAAUACAUUGCCCAACUAAUAUAUAAAGCAAGAUAAGGAGGGAAAGACAACAGACUACACAACCCUCCCCAGCACAAAACAUAUUGUGGCCUAAAGUGCUGUUACUAAAUCUUUGGAUAUACUAAUAUGUCCUAAACGGUUAAGUGGUGUUACGGUGAAAAGAGUAUGAAAGAUCAGAGGUUGACAUGAAAUGCCAAGCCUGGUUACAAACAAGUCUAUAAAAAAAAAAGGGUCUAAUGUGAAGAAAAAAAAAACCAACACUUUACUCAACUCCAAACACAUUGCAUAGGGUUGUAAUAACACAGACAGGAUGUCGUUAUCUUGUAAAUUCAAUGGAAUGUGACCCAUGAAGCAGAAAGUAUCACACUAAAAUACAGUUUACCGGAAAACACAAAAAGGAUAAAAAAAAAAAAAAAACCAAGGAAGCUCGGGAUUGUUUAAAUUUAUAUUUGGGAAGAUAUCCAAUCUGGGCAUGAAUGAAAAAUUAUCACUUUUGAAUGAAAUCCAUGACUCUGCAUGUUUUAUUGUAUAAAUGUCAAAGAUAACUUUAAAUGGGGUUAACAAGAUAGAGACAUAUCAGUCCUUUGUGAGAUUUCUAUGCUAUGGAACCUCCUGUUUUGUUAGUGACUGUUGUUGAAUGGUAAAACGCAUUGGGUGUUAUAUAAGAAAUAUAAAAUUAUUUUCAACAGAUGAGGUUAAAGUUGCCCCAAAACCUAAAGCAAAAAAAACAAAAAAACCCUAAACAACUUUUAAGAAAUAUCCAUAAUUUGACAAAAAUCAAGUCAGUAACCUUCAAUUUUUUAAUGUGUUGCUUGGGUUACAAAACUUUAGAAACUACAAUGGAAAUUUGCAGAAAACGAACUAUUCAAAUAAGAAAUAUUCUAUUAAAAUGUUAAAUGUCUCUUGGCCUUUAUUGCAGUCAGAUAUUAUAUGGGUAUAUUAAAAUAUGCUCUGAAUAGUGAGUAGAGUCGUUUUCCAUUUACUCCAGGGUUAAGUCUUCUGUCAUAUCUGGGAUGGUUUCUGUUCUCUCUCCAGGAGUUUAAAUCUUCCAGCUUAAUUUAAAGUGUUAAUCUUAUGUUAUAUGCUCUUACUAAAUUCACUAUUCAGAAAGCAGCUCACAGUUUCAAGUGUGUGUCUUCUGAAAAGACAAUCCCUAUAUAUCAUGUUCUUGGCUGAAUAUUUUUUGUCAUGUAAUUGUGCAUGUGGCCCCUGCACUCCCCACCAUAUCACACCAUGCAGAACGACACUGUGCAUCAUUCUGCAAUUGUGUCAGAGACACAGCCACUACAAUGUUGCACCCUCCAACACAGCUCAUAAUUUUACAUAUGAUAAUUUCAGUGCAUCAUCUGUGCUACUUAGCCCAAAGAUACUCUAGUACCGCACAUUUCACCCCAACCAAUGAGCAACCAGUCAGCACUAUAUAAGCAGUGUACAUGGAUGGGUGUUUUGGCCUGUUGUGCCUUCUUUAUACAAGAGAGUACAUUAAAACAACCAGCUAGUUCUUUGCACAGCAAUGCACGUGCAUGAUCAAGUCUAAUAUCUAGCAAAAAGAUUGAUGUAUAAUAAUGUAGAGAAAAUAAAGGGUUACAUCUCCUAGGAAACCGCAAUUUAAUUAAUGCGUAUUUUCUUAAUACAUUUUAUAUAAUAAACAGUUUCAGGAUUUAGGCCACACUGCACCUUGGCCAUCGAUGGGGUAUAGAGGGAUAAGUCGGCAUUCUGUCAUAACCAAAAUGAGCAGAGCCAGGGAUUUUGUGAUAUCUUCAAAACGUCCAGUUUGCCACUGUCUAAUUGUAGCAUUCUUGUGGACUUUAAUCAUGGAACACGUUUUAUCUGAUUGACGUGACAAGGUUUGUUUGUGAAAUGGCUUUACAUUAAUUUCAUAGCAUGAUCUAGAAAUACAGUAAGCAUUAGUAUAUAGCCUCUUUAUAAUGAAUCCGUUAAUGUUACCUGUUGUAUAUUUUCAUAUCCUCAUGUUUAGUUUUUGUGAUCUUUACAGGUAACCUUUGCAAGAUACUGUGGUUUACCCAACUGCUCUGCGGACUUGCAGAUCUCUGGCAAAUUCUCAUUUCCAAAGUAAGUGUACAUUAAGCUUUAAAUAUUUAAAUGGACAGUCAACCUAAAGUAGACACUUUCAUUAUUAAGUGAUAACAAAGGGGGGAAUUCAGCACUUGUAGAUUACUGGUAUUGUUUAAAGGCAGCUUAGUCUCCAAGUCCAGGAUCUCUCUUGUCCGGUAGAGGAAAAAGAAGAAGCGGAAGGAUGGUGUAGCACCUAAUAUGUCCUUGAAGAUAUGUGGAAUGAUAAAAAGAAAAACUAAUAGUGUAGUAUGUAAAAUACAAUUGAAAAAAAAAUUCUAAAAAUAAGCCACUCACACUUUUUGGGAGCUUAGGUGCAGCUCCGACUUUAGCGCUUGGGCAGAAUGAUUCCCGCCCAGGGAUAUAAAGUGGUCUACAGGUCUGCGAGUGGUCCUCCUCUAGAUCGAUUUUCUCAUAAACAUGAGGGGGAAAAAUUGAAAUAAUAUGGUGCAGAAUGUCAGACCAGAAUAGCAGAAAAUAAAGCAGAGUAAUAAAUGUCCACUCACAUAUUUUGGAGCCAAAACGUCGGCUCCCCAAUAUAGCGUGGAGUGGUAUGAUCCCCACUUUAGGAUAUAAGUGGUGAUGGUGUCUCUCCGUGUACAAACAUAGAAGAGAAGAAAACCACAAUAGUGUGUAACUGUAAAACAUUUAUUUUAAAUGUACCGACAUGUAGUGGAGCAAAAUAAGGUUUGCUCCAUCUAAUGGGCGUACGUGGUUUUAUGUCCCCACCAAGGAUCUAGGCGUUAAUGAAUCCAGCAACAAUCAGUAAGGUCCUAUAAAAAAGUAAUUUUAUUUAUAAAAACAAAAGAUAAAACAAUCAAAAGUAAAAUAAACAAUCAUAAAAUACACUUUUGAGAAGCCAGUUGUUGGUGAAACACAUUAAGUGUAUUUUACGCUUUCAGGAUAAGGCUGCUGAAAGUGAUGACAUCACAAUAGAGUUAUGUUAUUUGAGCAAAAAAAAAUUAUAAAAAAAACCUUUAGUACCCUAGCAUUCUGUAUGGCUGUACAAAAGGGAAAUAAGUAGAACAUUUAAAUUUUGCAUUUGGUAUACAUCGACAAUGCUGUAAUAAAAAUAUACUGUAGCAUUUGGUCCUUAAAGGGUUAAUAAAAAAAAGCAAAACACACACACAACUAGCAUCACGAAUGGGAACCUAACAUACACAUUGCGCCUAAUGCGUGUUAGUACCUGGAGUGUCUCUCUAAUAGCGUUUUUGGUCGAUACUUACAUUCACGGUUAUGGAAUUAGUGAAUUAGCAAGGGCUAACAAUCUUGACAUUUAGCAUCACUACACCGUGGCUUUCAUUGAUAUAUUUACAGCUUUAUAUUGAUAUCUAUACCUAUUUCACUCUUACGAUAACUCUCUAUUGUCAUUAAAAAAAAAAUCAAUGAGAUAAUAGUGACCACUUGGUUAAUAUAAAAAGAGGAAGUAUAUAAGGCCAAUAGAGAAUCUAUUUCCCCACUCCUACAGAAAACUGUCACUUCCCUUAGUUCUUAUUCUAGAAAGAAUAUGUCUUAACAGGUCAAUAACAGCAGAAUAUCACUUUUCUAUAAAUCGUAAUUACCGGUCACACAGCUUUAUUCAAAUUUACAUCCCUCUGAACCAUCGAAAGUCGUUGCUUCAGGAAGCUGUCAAUCGCAGCUUGUUGUUGGGGUGUCCGCUCUAUUUUGUGUGCCCACCCACAGUGCGUGAUUUGGGUGUCUGGGAAUGGCACAUCUACAGUCUUGCAGCUUCCAUUCUCUCUGGGGAUAUAGAGUUUGGUAACACCUGCCUCUCCUUGUAUUUCAACAACAGUGCCACAUGAUAUUCAGCUGGUUUCAUAGCACAAACUAUAAUUGCACGGUUCUGCCACUGCUGCAAAUCUAAUAUUCGUUUAAUCCAAAAAUAAUGGUAAUUGAGGUCUAGAAAUUCCAAAUGCAGACAUGACACAUAUGGCAGAUUUGUUAUAUUUCUGCGCUCUCUGCAUAGCGACAUUUGUAUGUAUAAUUGUAAGCUCUCCGGAAAAUGUAGAGAAGGCUUCCCUUGCUCUAAGAUCUGAUAUAUAUCAAGAAUAAUAUACCUAAAAAGAUUUUAAAAAGUAAAAAUUUUAAUUACUGGACAUAAAAAUGUAAUAAACUAUCUAACUUUAUUUGACAUGGACAAAUGAUGUUCUAUAAAACGUUUAUAUAAUUUUUUUUGAAUUAUAUAUAAUACUCACUGUCCACCCCUUACCAGUGUCACACAUUUAUUUAGUAGCCAGUGUUAACCAGAAAAAUGGGGAGCAUUCAUGUGUGUGCUGCAAUAGCAUUAACUUCCAGAGAUAGCAUCCAUGGAUGAUGUAACAGUUUGCAUGCAGUGUUUAUAGCUAAUAUUGACCGACCACUUACAUGACAACAGGUUAUAUUUUUACAUAAGGGGGAUCUGUAUGCAUGAAAACACUCCAUAACAUGUAACAAUUAAUAGAAAUAUCUCAACAUAAGUCUUCGUUCUUUUUUUUUUUUUUCUGAUACUGAGCAUUGUGUAUCAUGACAUCAUGUCCAAUGAUCUCUUCUGAGAAUUGGCAUCUCCUGGCAUACGGCUGCUAUUCUUGGUGGCCAUUUCCACUGGGAUACAUGUGCCUGGCUAAUGAGCGAUUUGAUAAGACUGCAGGUCUUGAUUGAGGGACCUUUAUUCUCAACAAACAAGAAAUCCCUUUUCUUCCCAGGGAAUUUGGUUGUCCUGGAAUACCUGCCGUGAUAUGCAGAAGGGGACUCCAUAGUCCUCUAGCAAGGCCGUGUGUGUUUGUAUACAAAUUAAUUAUAUGCCAACAUAUUCAGCAUUUCUGUACAAUAGGUGAAUGUGCAGUAUGAACAGGAAUAGGUGUGAGGACCUUACCGUCUGAGGGGGUGGGGUAUAGUUAAGCAAAACAUAAUUGUAAAAUACAUUUCAUAUAUAGCUAAACUGGUUGCAAGGAGAGUUUAUCAUAAAUACAGGUUCCCUUUUAUAUUUCAUGGCUGGGAUACUGCUGGCAUGGCUCAUCUCCAUUCUGAUCCAUACAUAUCUAUUCAGCAGAUUCUCACAUUAGAGACCCCUCUCUAGUGUUGAAUCAUUCCUCUCUUACUGGCUCUAUUAUACUCUCCCCCAGUCUCCAUUACUUCUGUAAAGGGACCCUAUAGCAUCCAGACCACGUCAGCUCAUUGAAGCGAUCUUGGUGCAAUGCCCCUGUCCCCUUAACCCUGCAAUUGUAAUUAUUGCAGUUUCUGAGAAAACUGGAUAAUUUAAAUUGCAGGGUUAGGACUGCCUCUAGUGGCUGUCAAACAGACAGCCACUAAAGGCACUUCCUGGUGGUUAGGCUAUGUUUGCAUGAGGACAUCCAGUAUCAAGCAAUGCUUUUCUAUUGCGAGAGCCUAAUGCGCUCAUGGCGCUUGCCGUCAGUUAAACCGUUAACAGUCUUUAUCCCUCUCUACUUCCCACACUUCACUAACCUGCCAGCUGUAUCACUUAAUAUUAGCAAACCUUGUAUCCCUAAAGUAAUAUUUGUUUUUUUCAAACUGUAAGUUCCCCAUGUAUGUCCCCAUUGUCCAGUUAAUUAUAAAUUAUACACCGCUGUUGUAGCCACCUCCUCUGCUGCCUCCUUCAUUAACAAGCAUGCUGACAUCUUCCGUGUUUUUGUCCAAUCCAACACUUCUCAUAGAUAAGUGCAUGCUAGGCGAGCAUUGCCCUCAUCCUUCCAAAUUCUUCUCACAGCACUGAAUCCAAUGUUUCCCUAUGAUCAGAAUUUGAUUACGUUCACUGUCAACUUCACAUAACCGAGUCAAACUCUGCUAUUCCUGUGGAAGCACCUUCAGGAAGACAGCCACUAGUUGUGUGUUUAGCCAUGUAAUGAAGACAUUGGUGUAGCUGUAAACGAGCAAUAUUUUACAUUACAGGACUAAACCUGCAGGGACACUGCCUAUAAUCGAAUCCUUAUGGCCGAACAAUCUGCAGUAUGCAUAGGAAUAAUAUGUACAGAACAGAUAGUGCACUGUGUGUUUGGUCACAUGCUUCUUUUUCAAAUUCCAGUGCUGGUUUUAUCUCAAAACAGUGUUCAGGGGGAACACUGGAAAUUCACAGAUUCUUGAUACAGCAUUCCAAGGGUUAAGUAUUCGUGCUGUAAAAUGAUAUUCUCUGAGUGCUCUAUCUGGACUUCUUGCAUAUUAAGCUGAUCUUAAGUAGAUAAAUACAUUUCACAAGCUUGCCUUGUUUUUUUUCAAAUAAUGAUUUCAAGUAAUUGUGACUGCGUAUUCAAUAUGUUUCUCUGUAAUAUGCUGUUGUCUUUGAACCUGGCUGUUUGUGCACGUUCCCACCUUCUACUGCUUGUCUCUGUGCCAGCUACUCUCCCCAAGGUGAGCAACGAGUAAUGCCUUGGUUUUCAGCCAAAUCAUUCUAUUAUAUGUCAGUUUCUAUUGCAAGUUCAACUGACAUUUUUCACGAGACGAGAAAGGAAAUAAAAACAGCUACAUCUAUGUACCAGCUCCAGUUAAAUAAAGAGGUCUGUCAUUGUUUUACGAAUUAUGCUUUUGGGUUUUUCUUUUUCUGUGUUGCAACACCAUAAUCACUAUCGUGUCUGUUCAGUAAAACGGUAAAUAUCGGAAAGUAAUGAACUGAAGAGCUUGACUAAUCCUUUUAGAGAGGCCUAUUUCCAGAACACCCCAAUACUUACAUGAUUAGUUGCUUAGCCACACACCAAAACCGCCAGUCAUCAAUAAAAAGAAGGAAAAUGCAGACUGAAUUGUGAUAGACACAAAUAGGGCUAUUCACUUAAGUGAGAAUUCCAAGUGAAAUAAAAGUGAAUUUUAGAUUUAAGAUCAAAAUAGCUGAACUGGAAAAUUUCUAGAAGUCAGAUAUGCUUUCAAUUCAACUACUCUGGCCUUUAAUUUAAAUUCACUUUGAAUUUACGUAGAAUUCUUGCUUUAGUAAAAUAACCAUGUAUAUUAGUCAUUACCAUGCCAAUAGAUCUGAAUCUACUACAACUAAAACUAAAGGGAGCUUGCUUUUCCUACAGAGCAGCCUGCCCCCGGGCCACAUAAUGUUGGACAGAGCACACAUCUGUUUUAAAAAAAAAUAAAAAAAAUAGAUAUCAUGUUAAUUGUCAACAAUUUAGCAAAAUUAGAAGGAAAAAAAAUCACAGGAUGUCUAGCAGAAGUAUUUUUUUAGUAAAGGGUUCACCAAUUUCCACCUAUAAGAGUAGUGUUUCAUCCUAUAUACGAAAAGAAAAUUGUCCACAGCUUACUUAAGGGAGGAAAAAUGCAUAGAAAAUGUGUGGAUUUGGAGUGCGUAUUUAAUGGCUAGAUCCUUUCUGUGUAUCUGCUAUGAGCUGCCCGCAGCUCCCUUUAAUGUAUGAUACAGGUAAAUAUUUCUUAAAUUAGUCAGACUGUAUUGGAAUUGUCAGAAAUAUAGACAGGGCAACAAUGUUUUCUGGGGCAUCUUGCCAAUUUGCCAGAUUGCAAAUGAAAAUACUGAUACAUGUCUGCUUAUUUUUUUCCAGAGCUUUUGAAAACAAAACGUACCUUGUAGUUGGAGGCUCGAAGACUUUAAUGAUCAAUGUUUCUCUGUACAAUGCUGGAGAUGAUGCAUAUCAGUCUUCCCUACAGAUGCGACUCCCCAAAGGAGUUAACUUUAUAAAAGUUCUGGACUUGGUAAGCGUUUAAUCUUCAGUUCAGCAGUGAUACACUGAAUGGGCUAGACAGUAGUGUGGACCUUUAAAUGGUGGGAGAUGAUUUUAUUAACGCUUUUGGAACAUGGCAUAACAGCAGUACUGUUACACUCUUCUGUAGCGUUACAUAAAUUUUCUGUUUAAUUGCAUAGCUGGCUUUAGUGAGCCAGCGGAAUCUGAAUAGGCAUGUGACAUAAUCACACAACAAUAUGUAUUCGUUAUCAGCUUCUUACACAGGCUCACAGACAGACAAUCUCACUGACACACACAGACAAACUUAGUACAGACAAGCUCUCUGGCACACAUACAAGCUUACUACAGACAAACUCACUGAUAUAUACACAGAAGCUUACUACAGACAAACUCACUGACACAAACAUGCUUCUUAUAGGCAAGCUCACUGACACACAUGCUCACUACAGACAAUCUCACUGACACACACACAUGCUUACUGACACACAUACAAGAUCACUCUCACUCACAACUGUAGUGUAUUUGAAGCCUACCUGACAGUGAAUGAUGUGGAAUCCCUGGGAGGUGAAAACUCAAUUUCCUGGCCUCAUCCUACUGACGAGUUCCGCUUCUUGAGGCUGGGGGUGGAGCUUGAGAGCAGGGGCAGAACUUCAGUGCAGGACAGAGCAGGAGAGGCACCGAAAACUCCCUCCCUGCAGUGCUCCCUCCGGACUCCGGCAGCCUUAAUGUGGCUGCUCCAGCCCCCAGCACUUUCCUCCAUAAUUCUCUCAGACUGGGAAAUUAUUUAAAUGGUAGUAUGGCUGCCUUUUCAGACCCAAGUGCUGCAGCUCACCGGGAAAUUUCCCGGGAUCCCGGUGGGCCAGUUCCUGCUCAUGUGUCAACAUUAUUGGCAAAUAGAGGGGAUAUAUUGCAAAAGAAUGUUUAUGGUUUAUAAGACAUUAUCUUGGACAAGGAAACAAUUCUAAUAAAGUUUUUAGGUUGCUGGAAAAAAAGAUGUGUUACUAGUGUAUUAUUAGACCAUAGAAUUCUAAAAGGUUACAUCUGCCUUGCUGGGAUUCAAAGCUGCAAGCUGAACAUUUGAACAGUUACUACAGUGUGUUCUUUAACCAGCUAAUCCAUCUCACCUGUCUAUUAGUUUGUCACAUAGACUCCUAUAAUGUAAGCCAAUAUAGCAUCAGUAAGUGUUGUGCUCUUGAAAAUGCUUAUCACCUUUCUGUUAAAACAGAAAAAUUAUAUUUUGUUUCAUAGCUUCGGGCACAUGACAUUAUUUUUAAUUUUUAUUUGCAGCCUGAAAAACAGAUAAACUGUGAUGUUAAUGAAGAAGAAAAUCAGCUGAUAACAUUGUCUUGCAGUGUUGGUCUCUACUAUGUCGAUUCACAUUCAAAGGUACGUUAAACAUUAGUAUACAAUUGUCUCAAUCGAAAACUGUAGCUUUGAAUUACACAGUUGCCUCACUCUGCAGGCUGAAAAAUCGAUGUACAUUCUUUUUUUUUCAUAUUUUCCUGCUUCUACUCCUUCUUUCUUAUGCUUUCCACACCCACUCCAGGGAGGACACUGAUCUAACCAAUCAGUGUCCUAUCCCUAGGGAUGCUGGAAAAGUGCACUGGGCAUGCCUGACAGAUUGACACAUGUGCAGUUGGAAGAUCUCUUCACCUUGAAAAAUCCUGACAAGGAGAGAAGAGAGGAAGUCUGAACAGUGAGGUCAUGCAGAGAAGGCUCCAGUGUUGGGUUUUUCUGUUGCUGCACAAUGAUUCCCUGUUUCGUCAUUAGUGGACUGGUCUAAAACCGAGAUGGGUCUUUAAGGUGGGGAGGAGGAAGCUGAAUAAACUCUACUAGAUGCAUGCCUUAAAAAAAAAUAAAAAAAUUAAAAAAAGUAUGUAAUAAAUAUUUAUAAAGUUUUUUUUGCUUUUGACUUGUAUAUUUGUUUAAAAGUGUUUACUUGCUAGUUUAAAAAAAAAUAUUGUCAAGUGACAAUAUUGUCCCGUUCAUACACAAGUUUUGGAGUAUAGGUCAUGUCCCUGCUCUGCCCAAUGCCCUGCCAUUUAGAAAUUAAAUCACUUGUGUUUCUGUUUAUGAAGCCAUAGUCACACUUCCCCUGGCUGUGACUUACACAGUACCCAUGAAAAAAAAUUGUUUCAUAUUCAAUUAGAUCUAAAACGGCACAGUGUGUUUACUUUAGAAGUUAUCUUCUUCUCUGUUAGUUGAACUUUAAUUCCAUAGGGGGCUUCAGGAGGCUCUUAGCUGGGAAUUAACAGGGCAGAAGAUAGGAAAAUCUUAAUUAAACACACCAUGCAAUAAAGUUUUAAAAUUAAUCUCUCUUUACAGGAAGUGUGUAGGGAGGAUGAGUAUGUCACAGGAAAGUGAGGCGUGGCCAGGGCUGCAUAAACAAAGUGAUUUAACUCCUAAAUGGCAGAGAAUUGAGCAGUGAGACUGUAGGGCCAUGACCUUAUAUCAAAACGGGUUUAUUAAGCUAAAGUAAGUUUGGUGCUUAGAAUAUCUUUUUAGCCAUGUCAUGUGUAUUUCAAGAGAGUGUAAUUUAAAUCUAUGCAGCAUUUCUGUCAGUUAAAGUGAAUAGAUAAAUCAGUCUUCCGAUUUCCCUCUGCGUGGCUCCAUAUGUGUAAUAACUGUAGAGCUGUGCUAUGAUAGCAUUUCCUGUUAUCAUUUCCUGUCGCAUUUCCUGUCACUUUAUGUCUUCGAAUGGCUCUCUAGUCCUUUGCAUUACACCACCAGGGACAAAAUGGGAAUGGUUAGUCCUCCAUAUUUUUUCAUACAUGGGUGCACACCUGCAAUAUCCCCUUUUAACUUAUUUUUGCCCUAACUGUUAACUGUUUACCAUUACUUAAAAAAAAAAAAAAAAACCUUAACCCCUUAAGGACACAUGACAUGUGUGACAUGUCAUGAUUCCCUUUUAUUCCAGAAGUUUGGUCCUUAAGGGGUUAAAGGAAAACUAGAAUAAGAGGAAAGAAUUAUAUGAACAGUAAAAAAAAGUUUUACGAUAAACAGUUUCCUGUACUUGUUGCAAUAUCUCUUACGUUACCUGCUAUCUAAACACCAUUACAAGAGCCUUUUGGCUUUACUAAAUGCAGAGGAAGAGAAGUGCUUGACCCUCGAUCAACCACACGAUAUCUCUCUGCAAAUUAAAAACACACUAGUCUUAUGGCGUCUAAAACCAUGUGAGUAUGUUGAUAACUAUACGAUGUAGUCAUCACUAAUCACUAAUGAAACAAUUAUUCCAUGCCAAUGUAAUGACUUAUAAUAUGAUCACUAGAAAACAGUUGUACAAUGUAUAUUUAAAAAAAAUAAAAAUAAUUAAAUAAUAAUAAUAAAAAAUAUAUAUAGUUAUUUUUCUUUUUUCGUUAUAUAUUGGACAUUUAUUAUAUUUUUGAUAUAUUUUAUUACAGUAUACAUGAUUCCAGCGGCAUGGAAUAAUUUUGCCUUGAAAUAUUACCAACUCGUAUAGAUGCCAAUAGCACAGAAGUCUUUCAUAUGACAUAAGGUGCCAAUAUCAGAAAAGGGCACAAAUCCAAGAUUCAUAAAAAUUACACUUUUUUUUAUAUUACCUGGUCAAAAUGUGAAAUUCGUGAAAAUGUUAAAUGUGCUUUACUAUUCCUUUAAAAUGAUUAUUAUUUUCUAUCUGCCAUUUCAUAUCAAUGGGUGUUCGAGCCAGCAGACUUGGAAACAUGCUAAUAUGAAUACUUUGUUUCAUUUCAUACAGCAAGACAUUUCAUUCCUCCUGGAUACAAGUUCCCUCAGCAAAGCAGAAGAUGAUCUUUUAAUCAACAUUACAGCAAACUGGUAAAUGUUUUCACAUGACAAUAAUUCUGGUAUUGUUGAAUGGGUAAGGCAGUGGCUGAGUGACAGGCAACAGAGGGUUGUAGUCAAUGGGGUAUAUUCAAAGCUUGGGCUUAUCACCAGUGGGGUACCUCAGGGAUCUGUACUUGAACCCAUUCUCUUUAAUGUUUUUAUUAGUGAUAUUGCAGAAGGUCUUGAUGGUAAGGUAUGUCUUUUUGCUGAUGACACUAAGAUAUGUAACAGGGUUGAUGUUCCAGGAGGGAUAAACAAAAUGGCAAAUGAUUUAGGUCAACUAGAAAAAUGGUCAGAGUUGCGGCAACUGACAUUUAAUGUGGAUAAGUGUAAGAUAAUGCAUCUUGGACGUAAAAAUAAUUAUUUCUGAUGAGUUAAAGGUAAGCAGACAAUGUAAUAGAGCAGCAGGAAAUGCUAGCAGAAUGCUUGUUUGUAUAGUUAGAGGUAAUAGCAGUAGAAAGAGGGAAGUGCUCAUGCCAUUGUACAGAACGCCAUAGGCGUGCGCAGCCUAUUGCAUUAGGGUGUGCACCCUAAAGCACAAACACAUGCCGUGUGUAUAUGUAUGUAUGUGUGUAUAUGUAUGUGUGUGUAUGUGUAUGUGUAUAUAUAUAUAUAUAUAUAUAUAUAUAUAUAAUAUAUACACACACACACACAGCAAGGUGCUGUUAGUGUGAUGUGCGAGGGUGAUGUUAGUGUGAUGUGUGAGGGUGCUGUUAGUGUGGGUGCUGUGUGUGUGUGUGAGGGUGCUGUGUGUGUGAUGUGUGUGGGUGUUGUGUGCUGUGUGUGUUUGUGUGCACUGUAUGUUUUGAGGGAUUGUGGGGGUGGAGGUGGGGGCACAUUAGUUAAUAUCCCCCCUCCCUUCUUACCUUAUGUAGGGAGGGGGGAUCCUUGCUGCCAUGUGCCAUCCCUGGUGGUGCAGUGGAGAGUCUACUCUAGCAUGCGGGGCUAGAGUUCACUCUCGCGAGAUCUGAGCGUUGCCGCGGCAAAGCUCCAACCUCGCGAGGGAAACCCUUCGGAGCUGCUGGCCAGAGCUCCCCGGGUCCUCCCCUGCUUCCCUCCAUGCUGCUGUGUGCCAGUGAGGGAUCUCCCCAACGGCCAAUGGAGGCUUAGAGCAGAGCCGGCGCUCGGAUAGCACCGGCUCCACAUGAGCCGACAGGGGAGAUCCUGAGAUCUCCCCUGCCGGUCUCAAUCCAUAGGCGUGCCCAGGCACACCCGGCACACGCCUAUACAGAACACUGGUGAGACCUCACUUGGAGUAUUGUACACAGUACUGGAGACCAUAUCUUCAGAAGGAUAUUCAUACUUUAGAGAGAGUUCAGAGAAGGGCUACUAAACUGGUUCAUGGAUUGCAGGAUAAAACAAGGAAAGGUUAAAGGAUCUUAACAUUUAUAGCUUGGAGGAAAGACGAGGCAGUGGGGAUAUGAUAGAAACAUUUAAAUACAUAAAGGGAAUCAACACAGUAAAUGAGGAGACUAUAUUUAAAAGAAGAAAAACCACAAUAAGAGGACAUAGUCUUAAAUUGGAGGGACAAAGGUUUAAAAAUAUCAGAAGGUAUUAUUGUGACAGAGCGCUGGCACACUGUCACUUGGGCAUCAAGGGCUCCUUUGUUUGGGUGGGCUCUGGUGGGGAGUGGCCAUUUAGACCGCACAGACUUAGACCUAGACACAACAUGGAGAGACUAGAUGGCGCCAAACCAGAGAUUGUGUGACCAAGAGGGUGGGGGUUGAGACUUUCCCCUUUGUGAUUCAGGAAACAGUCACCUAUUGUUGACUGUGUGUUAAUCACUUUACCUAAUGCAUAAUUUUUUCCUGUGUAUGCAAAGUAGGUGUUCUGUGAUGGUGUGUUCUAUUGGUUAUUAAUGGGCUUAGUGCGAAUGGCUGUUUUAUUAGGUCCAGUUUGAUUGGUUGCUGUUUCAAACCUUUGUGUGUUUACUAAUUAGUUUACUUGUAUAUAAAUACCUGAGUGUGUCUAAUAAAAAUGAGUCCCUGUUCUACCCUCAAGCUGUGGGUGUCUGCUGUUCUUGGGAGAGAGGUGUUAGCUGACUGAGUCUUUUUUUGAACAGGCUGACAUUUGUGAUUUGGCGGUGGGAAGAAGCUGUUCAGACGAGUGUAUUCAGUUGGGGCACAGGGGACCCAUCACAAUUAUUUUACUGAGAGAGUAGUGGAUGCAUGGAAUAGCCUUCCAGCUGAAGUGGUAGAGGUUAACACAGUAAAGGAGUUUAAGCAUGUGUGGGAUAGGCAUAAGGCUAUCCUAGCUAUAAGAUAAGGCCAGGGACCUAAUGCAAGUAUUUAGAAAAUUGGGCAGACUAGAUGGGCCGAGUGGUUCUUAUCUGCAGUAACAUUCUAUGUUUCUAUAUAGAAAAUAUAUAAUUUGUUUAGAUAGUGAGAAGAAAAGUGCCAUUCCUUAAAAUUAAAGGGACACUAUAGUCACCAAAACAAGUUUAUAUAGAGAUUAUGCCCCUGCUGUCUCACUGCUCAAUUGUCUGCCAUUUAGGAGUCAAUUCACUUUGUAUAUACAGCCCUAGACACACAUCCCUGCAUGUGACUUACACCUCCUUACGUGGGACUCCGAGUAAGAAGUCAAAUUGUCUGAGGCCGAUGUUGAGGCCGAGUUGUUGUCUGUUAGCAUCCACAUGUCUAUUGGUCUAAAUGUAUUUGUUCUGGUUCAUUCAUAGUGAAAAUGAAGUAAACCAAGACAUGUUAUCGAACAAUGUUGUCACUUUGGUCAUACCAACAAGAAAUGAGGUCAAUCUCAAUGUCAUUGGGUACGUACAGUUUAUAUAUGCACUUUCUCUCUUUGACACUUCCCAAUUUAUCUUCUUUGUUUUGUGUAGUGACUCUCUGUGUCUGUGUCAGGUUUAUUCAAUGUUCCAGGAAUACUGGAAAACAGACUGGUUAAAAUAAGCCAUGUCCCAUUGUAAAGUGCUACCUAAUUUGUUGGCGCUUUAUAAAAUAUAAUCAUGUCAAUCCCAAAAACCAGACAGAAUUAACACAUGUAAUGAUUACUGGAACCACAGAAGUGCAGUGUUCCAUCACAUUGCUUUAAAUAGUGAUGGGCCUUGGAUAUAAAUAUCUCAGCACAAUUUAACUAUUACGUUUAACUUUACCAUUAAGCACGUUUGCUUUCUCAUAAUAAUUACAUGGAGCAACACAAACUCUUUAAAUGAAAGCUACUUCAGUUUCACAUGUAGUAAUUGAUGUGCAUUUCCAGUAAUGUCUUUGUGAUUGGAUUUAUAUUUAUGUUGUGUUCGGUUUACAGCUGUAGCACAAAUAGACAGUAUCAAUGUUUAUUAUGAUCAGGGGAGCACCGUUAUACAGAAAUUGGGAGUGGAUAGAUGUGUAUGUGCAAACAGUAUGGGGGAGAUGUAGCAAAGUUUUCUGGUCUAAAAACUGGUGCAAAACUGAAAAAGAGGCGUUACCAAUGGAAUGUUCCUGCUGGUUUCCAUGGUGAUUGUCUCUUCUUUUUUUUUUAGUACCUUCGACCUCUUCUUAAAAUAGUAAAGUUGAUACAUUACCUCAAAUAUCAAUACAGUGAUGUCAAAUUGUAUCACUUCAAAUAAAUAUUGCACAUCACCCAAUCAAAGAAUAACCUGUAAUGGUUUUGAAAAAUAUAUAGCAUGUAGAUAUACAAAUAAUUACAAUACAAAUAUAUUAGUAUUUAAAAAAUAAAAAAAACACAGUAUGGGGCACCUGUGUGUGCAUUAUAUUGAGCAUACUCACAGCUCUGGAAAAACGUGAGUGAUUGAGUUGCUGAUUUUAAUCUGUUUUGUGCAUAUCCUAUAUUUGUAUUUUAAUUUUUUACAGAAAUUAUAAAAGUCAGAGAAGAAUUAUGUACAAUUACAUAUUAUAUAUUGUUCUUUGAUUGGAUGUUCAGCAUUCUUUACGGUGAUACAUUGUGCACUUUUGCAUCACAUUUUUCUGGAUAGUUGUUUACAUGGCUGUGGAGACCCCUUUAAAUGCUCCAUGUAUAAAAAGGAUUUUCCCACUUGGUUUGGAUGCACACACAUUGCCGUAGUUCGAUUUAGUUAUUUAUUUAUUUUUGUAUCUCAAUAUGUCAAAAUAAAAUGUAGCAAAUAAACCAGAAUAUAAUUAGUAAAUACAUUAGCUCAUAAAAGUCUCACUAGGUGUAUACAUAUUAGACAAUGGGUAUUCUGUUCUCUCCCAAAUAGUGCAUUAUUUACACGAGUGAAAACCGAUCACUUCUUAUGACUUACUUAGAGUAAUGUUAAAAAAACACAAUAAAAAAUUUGAAUUAUUGAGACACUGUAACAUGUGGAGUGUAGUGAAAAAAAUACAAAGAAAAUAAUGGAUAUUAAUACAGGAUAUUUUCCAUUGUGACCUAGAGUAAAGCUGAAAUAUUUAUGUUUAUUUUCUGAAAUCUGUUAUCCUUCCGCCCUUUCAUGUUUAUUUCGUGUACAUUCACGCUAGCUAGGCAGGAGAUAAAAUAUUAAAGGGUAAAUCAUGAGAUAAAAUUGCCCCAUAUUUUUAAUUUAUUAUAUAGUUAAUACAUUAAAUAAAGAAAAAAAAUGCAAAAGGGAAAAAAACAGUUCGUACUUGGACAGCAAGUGUCAGAAGGCCGGCCCCUACCUGACCAGAAGGAGGCACUCAAAUCAGGAACUUCUCAUUCCCAACCAUGAUGUCUGCUGAUAACCAAGAAUCCCUGUACAGGUUUAUGGGAUAUGUAGUUAAAGUAAUAAUAAUAAUAAAGGGACAUUAAUUUCUCACCAACCACUUUCACUUUAUUUGCCUGCAGAAUGGUGUCUCCUUUAUCGCUUGUGUUUGGACCCUCUGAAGAGAAAAUUGUUGCCCCAUGUGUUAUGGAGAAGAUAUCAUUCACUUUUAAUGUAAGAGAAACAUUACAGUUUAUAAAUAACAUUCUGAUUAUACAAUAUUGUUUGCAUUUAUGUGAGUAAAGUAUGUGCUGAGAAUUACUGAUUUUACCUAGAUUAAGGAAAUAUAUGUAAGCAUAAAAUGUUCCUUUGGUUUUAGUUUGUUAUUGGAAAAUACUCUGUUCUGUGUUGCUCAAAAGGGCACACUCUCUUAUUUUCUGUUAUACCUUGUGGCCUAUAGACUAGUCUUACACUAGUCUGUUUUUUUUUUUUGUUUUUUUUGUUUUUUUUUAACUUUAUACUCUAAUUUGAGCUGUAGAAAUUAACAUUUAUGGCAACAUUUCCUCCUAGAAUUCAGUACAGUAGAUUAUAGAAUUAAAAUGCCAUGUCACCACAAUUAAGCAUAAAAUGACAAGUUAUAGAAAACACACAAAAUCACAUAUUUUCCACCUAGGAACCCCCAUAAUUUAUACAUCCCCGGAUAGCCUGUAUCUGAGCACCCAACAUAUCCAAACAAAUGCGGAAGAAGUACCGAACGCACACUCUGGCUAUUUAGUAGCAUUUGUUUGUAUGGUUCAGACGAACAAACCUACCGAACUGCGCUCUCCUCACAGGUGUGGGAAGGAAGCAGGCGUUUGUCAAAGUUCAGCGGUGUUCGGGAGUUUCCGUGUCAAAUUUUUAGUUCCAUGCAAUCUACACCCAAACAUCGCUGCCUGCAUUCCCGCGAACAAGAUGGUAGCCAACCAGCCGCACAAUUACAACACAUGAUAAUUGAAGUGUCAGGAGAGGUUACCAGAGGUUAACAAGCACAGAGGUGGUCCGCAGUUCGUGAGUCUCUUCGGUUCCCAAACAGUACAAAUAAAUCCCAUGAACCAAGUCUUUUUACCAGACUUUUCUAUGGCCCAUAGUCAGUGGGCAGGAGGCUAACCUCCACACUCCUCCAGGAGCCUGUGGCGAACGUCCAGGCAAGGGGGCAUUCUUCAAAUUGCUGAUCAGAGAUUCUAGCAGAUUAUCUGCCUUUCCACAUUAUACACCAAUAAAAAUAAUAAGUACACAAUCCAUAGAUAAAUGUGGAUUAUCCAUAUUUUAGUUCUCUCUCUCAUGUAAAAUGUUGGACAAUAUAAUCCACCUUUAAUAAUUAUUUGCUACAAGGAGGAUAUAAUGAAGUAAUCAUUUGGCACAUAACAAUCUGGAGAUGCAUUACUUAGAUCCAUGAUUAUCUAUUGCAGGCCAUGGGACUAUACACCUUUUAUAAUAAAUGUAUUACUAGAUGAAGACAUUUCACUAUUUACUAAGCACAUAGGGUAGAUUAUAUUAUAACUACUAAUAAAGAAAUCCAUAUACUAACAUUUUUACCAUCUGAGAUUCUGAGUUAUUGUAAUGAAAGUAUCACCUUCCAUUCUCAGCACUGACCAUUUUCUUUGGUCUGACAUUCCAUUUGGAACACAUGUAAAUACUUUUGAUUUGCCAAACAGUCUGAAAUGUCUAUUCUGGGACUUAUGUUACUUUCAACCUCAUGACACAUUGCAUCAUCAAUAGUUUGGCUGAUCACGUUUUAGCUGCUAAUACUUUAUUUGUACCAUAAAACACGUUCGAAGAUAAAUAUGCACACUAAUACUUAGCCAUUUCAAUUCAGGUAAUCAAUUCUGGAUCCAGUCUUGCUCCCGGUGCCAAACUAGACAUAAUGAUGCCCAACACAUUUGCACCUAGCAAAAUAAGAUUGUUCAAUUUGCUGGACGUCUCGGUGAGUUACACGUGAUGCACAGUGAUUAUUUAUGUAAAGAACAGAACUAAAUUGAGAUUUGUGAAAUAGACUGAAAUGUAUGGCACUGCUAAUAAUAAAGUGUGCAAACUCGCUGACAAUAGUGAUUUCUAUUGCUCUUGGGAGUAUUGUCCCAGUGAUUGAUUUAUGGUGGGCAAUUGCAUGGGUACUGGUGAAUGUUUUGUUUUCUGUUUCAACUUAUUUUUCUCCCCAACAAUAGCAUGAGGAUAGGGUUUGGGGUGCAAUUCUAAGAGUUGGGAACCACUGCCUAAAAAUUACAUUCUAAGCACUAUAACCACUUCAUUUCAGUGGUUAUAAUGCCUAGUGUCCCCUGGCAGUCUGCCUAUUCAGUGUUAAAUCAUUUUCAAAGAUUUUAACACAACAUGUGAGUCCCCAGCCACCUGCAGUCCUACCCCCACUGGAGAUAAGGCUGUGUUACAUUCAGCCUUAGCUAUAGCAACUCAUACCAGAGAUAGCCAGCAAUUAAAGAUCAGCUGACUACUCAGUGCUGUGCUGCUCUGGCUAAUGCAGAAGCAUUAUUAUAAUUUUAUAAUUAUAAUUUUAGCAAAAAGGUUUUGAGCACUAAGGAACCCCUCAUUCACAGUUAAACUGAUCAAAAACAGUUUAACACUGAACUGCGAGCCUGCACCAGAGGUCUUUAGGAAACAUAAGCACUAACAAUGCAUGAAGUGGUUAUGGUACUUAGAGAGUCCCUUUAAAUAUCAAAAAGGGGAUCAGUGGACACUCAGAUUAUAAGACUUGCUCUAAAUGUCUAACCUAAUAGUGAAUGUCAAAUGUGCAAUUUUAAGACUUUGUUUGCUCCUAUAAAGUCUACUUCUCCAGGUUACAAUAGGGAAAAUGGAUCUGUGCAUGCAGUAUGAGUCAGUCUCCGCACUGGUGGGCAGUGCAGUGACACCAGUCCAAAGCAGGCUUCACCCCCUACUGUUCUACUACAUCCCUCCAAAUUGUUGGAGGUAGGACGCAACACCCAGCAUGCUUUGAGUUUUAGUUGUCUACAGACAAUCCUAAAGUGUCUAGUAAGAAAUAUACAUGAUUACAGUUUAAUUGAAGUUCUAAAGAAGAGAUUAAAGAUAUAUUCAUAUACAGUAUAUAAUUCAUAAUCAUAUAUCAAGGAAAAUCAUAAUCAUAGUCAUGCAGGUGUUCCAAAUGACGGGACAGAUUCCAAUUGUAUCCACAAUAAAAUGGCUAUAUAUGCUUCCAUAGAAUAAACACGGAAGACAUAUUAAGAUUGUAAACUCAACAGGAAAUCCUAUCGUGUAUGCGGAUUUAUAUUACCAUGUUAUUUUGUUUGAAUACCCAUACUUACCAAAUCUCCCUAGUAAAGUAAUUUCAAUGCAAAAUCACUAAGUGCAUAGGGUAAAGAAUUAAAACAAGAUUGGAAGCGAUACAGAAGAUAGCUAUGCCACAGUGUCACCGAAGGACUACAUGUUGUAAUAAUUUAUUUGAGGUAGAUUUUUUUUUUUUUAAAGAAUACAUUAUUAAUUAAUAGGCUGAAUAUUGUACAUUGUGUUUAUUCAUUGCAGACUACUGCUGGAAAAUGUUUGUUUACAAAUUAUUCUCGAGAAUGUGAUACGCCAAAGAAAAAUGGAACAAUAUUUGGGGAUCUAGUUGCCUUCUUUUCAAAACCUGAGAAGAGGGUAUUGGUAAGUGUCUUAUAUUAAUUUAAGUACGCACUUGUACAUAACUCACAUGUUAUUGCAUUAGUUACUUAUACUUACUGUUUCAGGAACAUUACCAUCAAACAUGCACAAGUGCGUAUAUAUGCUGAUAUGUCUGUCUUUUUUUAAAGAAAAUACACAUCCUAUAAGAAUACAACUAAAGUUCAAACAAUGGAACAUGGUGAAAAAAUGUGUAAAAUUUAUAGCUGAGAAGUCUCAAUAGCCAAAAGAGCAGUAGUCCAUGGAUUAAUCUGCUUCACUGGACUAUUGGCUAUUUUUAUUCAAACUAUUAAAAACAAUGAUUUGUUUUUAUUUAGUUCUGCUUUGAAGAUGAUUCUUCUUGCAUACACAUUUCAUGUUCGUUUGGAGACUUGGAAAGUGAAAAUGAGGUAAUCGUGGCAGUACAGCUUGAACUAAAUCUUCUACUUCUGGAAAUGGUAAGUGGUUAACAAAUCAUUUAAGUUUUACUGACCAGUGAAUUAUGCUGACCUGAAAUAAGAAUUACAAAAUUCCGGCUAAAGUAGUCAAUAGUUGGAAUUUAUGUGGCUUAUUCUGGUUUAUUUUGCAAACUGUGAAUUGUGGGGUAUUUACAAAACCAUUGCAGAUUCUAGAGCUAAAAAUCCAGGUUUGAAAAAUAGUUUAACUAAAGAAUUGUUUUAGCUUGGUUAUUCCCUCCUAAAACUAGCCCUUCUCUACAGUUACGGGAGAAGUGCCUAAACGCCAUUGUGAUCUUAUAUAAGCUUAAUAAAUAACGUAUCAGUAAUACAAAAAUGGUUUACAUCAGCAAAUUUCUGAAUUUUAUAGCUAUUUUUCUCUUUUAUUUUUAAAUUGUAUACCAUCAGGCCUUUCUCAGGAAUAAAAAUGUGAAUCAAGAUAGUGAAUACAUGGUGCUGUACUAACAAAAUAACACGUGAUAGAAGCUGUACAAACACUCCAAAGUUGUUCACUCACAGGUACAAUCAAUAAAUACAAUAGAAUACAAAACAAGAACAUGGAGGGUGCGCUAAACGAUAUGAAAACAAUAUAUAUACUUAUCCACGUGGAUAUAGCAGUUUAUUACUCUGUUGAGAAGUAUACAUAUUGUUUUCAUACUGUUAAGAGUGUACCGUCUACUUUUUUGUUUUGUAUUGCUUCCUGAGGAAUGUUUGAAGUAAAAAAAUAAUUAUAAUUAUAAAUAAAUAUAUAUAUAUUCAAGAAGAGAGCACUCUGGAGUCUUAUAAUUUGAAAAGUAAAUACUGCUUUAUUGUGCAGAAUACAAAAAAUGUCGACGUUUCAGUCAAUUCUGACUUUUUUCAAGGUCUUGGAAAUAAGUCAGCAUUGACUGAAACGUCGACAUUUUUUGUAUUCUGCACAAUAAAGCAGUAUUUACUUUUCAAAUUAUAAGACUCCAGAGUGCUCUCUUCUUGGAUAUUACAUACUGGUUGGAGAUUGUUUGCACCGGAGCACGAAAAGACCGGGAACCUUGAGUGCUGGGAUCUGGGAAUAUAUAUAUAUUACACACUGGUAAAUCCACUUAAGUAAAGCCAAUAUCUUUUGGUAGGUGGCUGUGUUAAUCAUGUCACUAAAUGUAAAAUCUAGUUAUACAAGAAAUGGACGGUGUCUCAAACCGAUUCGGAGUAUUAGUUGCAUGGAGCAAUAAAGAAAAAUUGAUAAAUGUUCUAUUACUGAUUCAGUAACCAUGUAAAGAAAAUAAUAGAUCAUUUUAGUGAAUAUCCCUGGGAGUGUUUUGAUAAUUUGGCGAUACAUUCUGUUCACGUAGGCUGAACUUUUGUUGUAGAAUUGAAAUAGUGAAGGGAAAAGAGAGAAGUCCUCACAAUUACAAAUGGCUUCCUUUAGCUAACCAGGGAGAAACCUUUUUCAAGUACAGAUUAAUUCUGCAAAUAAGAACAUUUACAUUCUAAUGUGCAUCUUACUGCAAUAAACAAUUCAAUUGUACUUUUGUUUUCCCUUUUCAGGAUGAAUCCUCAGUGCUUGUGUUUAUGACAACUGCUAUGGCAGGACACGAGGCAAACGCAAAAGUGAUUAACAUGAACCCAAAUAAACAAACACAUGUAAGUGCUUUUUGUAAACACAGGAAUGUGAAAUUGUAUUUAUUUGAUGUUGACCAACAACUUGCAUGUAUCAAUCUAAGGCACACAAAGUUCCUGGACUCAAAUGGGCCAGCUGGGAAGAUCAGAGUGCAAGGGAGUAUAUGGCCUGCAUCUGGCACUUCUUUAUGAUUCAGAGAAUUGCCAUAGUAAUGCUUUGUCUCACCAGAAAGGAGACAGGAGCUCAAGUGGUCUGCACUCGUGGUAAGUGCAGACUUCAAGAUCCACACAUCAGACUAUCCCCUGCAAACACUUUUACCUCAUACAAAUCCCACAAAACACAACAGCAUUCAACACAGAUGCAAUAACACAGACAACCCACAUCACACUACAAUUAUUACAAGCACUACAUACAAACAUUUAACAUCAGAGUACACACAGACAUAACACAAGGGACAGCCCACAUACACUCAAACAAUGCUACAAACCGUUCACAUACACACAACACCAAAGAAGACCCGAACAGAUUAUACACGCAUUCCUUCAAACAUUCCACACAUACGUUCAUGCAACCUCUGUGCACACAAACUAUACUACCAUGUAGACUCGCAUAACAGUACAGACAUCACGCAUACUUACAUAACGAAAGCACACACAGCCUGCACACAUACACAACCCACCUAUACACAGAUAAAACCUCACAAAGCAGCCUCGGCACCCAAACAUAACACAUGCAGAAUUCCCCAGCAUUCAUAAACGUUGCCAUAAAGACCCUAAGGGACUUCAAAGCUUUACAUUGGCACAGCAAAAAGUUAAGGGAAUCAUGAUAAAGCCUUUUAUUACUAUUUUAUAAUCUUAUUUGCUAAGGAGGAAACAUAGAAAUUCAAUAAACAGAGCCUAUCAAAGUCUACCCUAUAAAACAAAUCUAUGUACUCUAUGCCGAAUAAAUAUAUAUAUAUAUAUAUACACCUGUAAUUAGAAAUCGAGAGAGUUAUUCAUGUUGUAAUCAUAGUGACUGCAUUUCCAAAACUACUUCUAUUUAACCCCUUAAGGACCAAACUUCUGGAAUAAAAGGGAAUCAUGACAUGUCACACAUGUCAUGUGUCCUUAAGGGGUUAAACUCAUGUUUUUUCUAAUAAAAUUAUGUGGCUAUAUCAAUUAAACAAAUCUAUUUUAAACAGAAAAGCUUAAUUUGGUAACAUUGUUUCUCUGAUUUUCUUUUAGGUAUUCCUGGAAGCACUACAUAAUCAAAAGCCCCAAGCACACAUAGUUGUUUUAAUUAUUUCUUUAAGCCUGUUGUUUGGCCUUAUUCUCUUUUUGGUGCUCACAUAUGUGCUAUGGAAGGUAAGUUUAUUUAUUUUUUCAAAUGCAGAUGCAUGUUUCAUUGGUAACACUCAAUGCUAAAUUAGCAUUUUUCCUCGUGACUGAUAUUUUUAUUAGCAUUUUAUACUUUCUUGUAAGGUCAAAAAUGUUGUACUAAAUGUUUUAUUGUAUAGUUUACAGUAUUCUUUAUGUACUAAUAUUGUUUGUUAAUUUGUGUUUGUUUUUCAAACUUGUGUUACAGGUUGGGUUCUUUAAAAGAAAAUACAAGUCUUUAAAUUCAGAUAUAAGUUGGAACUAUGUAAAGAAAGAUGAAAAAUAGAAGUAAUAUUUAUUGAAUAUUCUAAGAAUAAAAACUAUAUGGAUGUUUAAACCACAAAUUAUGAAGAAAACAUUUUUUUUUAAUGAAAAUGCGAGAAACCGAUUCUGAAUAAAUCGAUCUUCAUUUCCUCAGGAUGAAAAACUAUACUUGGAGAAUUUUUACGUUUGAAAAUGCACUGUUCCCUAAAAAGAUAUAUAUAUACACACACAACGUCUUAUCUCAGGAAUUUAGAAAAAUUGAAGCAAUAUUCACACAAGUGAUAACUUAAUGAAUAUAAACAUCUUAAAAAAGAUUGUCUUGGCCAAAGAUCACUGUAAAAACGAUGGGUCUUCAAAAGUUCUUAUUUCACUUCAACUCAAAAUUCAAAAAACUGAAUUGAGCAUCUUACUAGCAAAAUAGAACUGUCAAAAUGUCCUUUGCACUGCAGCCAGUGCCGAUAAGAGGAGACUUUUUUUCAGAGACAAAGGAGAGGCGUGAGCGGAUGAACAUAGCUCUUUAAAGCUAUUUUGUUUCAAAACACUAAAAACAUCCAGUGGACUUGUGAACACAACUGGAUGUAUCCAUAAAGAUCUGUUAUGUGUUAUGUUAUGGUUGUUGACUUGUGUUUGUAAUUAAAAGAUGUAAUAUUGAUGUUUUAGAAGAAAACAGUAAGUUUAAAAAAAAAAAAACUGCUGCAGAAAUUGCAUUGUAUGUUUUUCAUUUUAAUUUGGAUUCUAAGCUGCUGUGCAUAAUGCUCUGUGAAAAAAAAAAUCAGAUCUAUUAUUAUGGUCAAAAUCUAUAAAAAUACCAGUUUCCUUUCAAAGGAAAACUCCAGAAAUUUUAACAAUGUGUUACGGAGAUAUGUUGCAUUUAAACAUACAGUACAACAAUAAACAUGUUCCCUUCUCAAUGUUCUCUCUUACAGCAUCAAAUCAAAAAAUCUCCUGCUUCGAAGGGCAUUCUUUUGAACCAGGUUGAGAUUUUAAGGCAAUCUUUGUUCUCUGAUAUUUUCUAUAUAUAGAUUAAAGGGACGCUAUAGGCACCCAGACCUCUUCAGCUCAUUGAAGUGCUCUGGGUACAGUGUUCCUAUUGCACUUAGUGCUGCAAUGUAAAACAUUGCAGUUCCAGAUAAUCUGCAGUGUUUACAUUGUAGCACUAAGUCUGCCUCCAGUGGUGUCUAUCAGACAGCCACUAGAGGCGCUUCCUGAAUUCUAAUUCUGCAUGAGGACAUCCAGUGUCCGCUAUUUUCCGAAAGGAAAGCAUUGAUUCAAGUGAUCUUUUGCCCCAUUUCUCAUAGAUGGGUGAAGAAGGAAGGGGAGGGGGGAACGGAGGCAGAGGGAGCAAUAGUGCACCAUAGUAUCCCUUUAAGAAUUUCUAUAUAAACAGAAGAUUAUGUGCACCGCUACGAGAAUCUGGGGGAAAGGUCACUUAAACAAAAUAACCAAAACUGUUUCAGCAAGUGAAUAAAUGUCAGUCUGUUGAGCAUGGCGUUUACAGGGAAAUGUAUUUUUCCUUUGCAUGUCUCAACACCAUCCUGGAAGUGGAACACAUAAGGACCAUUCUAACCAGAAAGCUUAUUUGCAAAAACAAUGUAUCUAGCACAUAACUGAUUAAGUAAUUUACAUAUAUGGAAUUAUCACUGUACUGCCCUUAAUUGGGUAGUGGUCUUUUAAAACGUAUGAGAUCAGUCUUUGUUGUUUUUUUUGUUUUUAAAGAAAAUAUUAAUUGGCGUGCAAGAUUACAUGAGAUAAUACAAACAUUAGCUUCAGUGGUCGCUGUUAUACUUGAAUUUACGUCACUUUAAUAUAAAAUGUCUGUAAUUUAGGCAUGAUGUUCAGCCUUAAAAAAAGCUUAUUAAUAGAAUAUUUUCUAUUGUAUGAUUUUUUUGAGAGUUAUUUCGAGGUGCAAUGUUCGUAACCAGUAACAGCUGCCUGCAUUAAUAACCACGAGUAAAAACACAUCAAACCUGAUGAAAAUAUUUUGUGAGGGUUUUUUUUCCUCUUAAAUCUGUGUUUAUGAUGCUGCUUCUACCGUGUAACGGGCAUACUACGAAAGGCAUGGGUUAGAGGUAGGGCAAUGAUCACCGCUACAUUUUUUUGUAUGUUGAUGGGCCAAGAUGUAUAUUAAAAAUCUGCUGUUUUAAAAUGGCAACUUUUAAGUUGUCUGUCUUAGCAUUAAAGGAUAAUGUUUGACUAAUGUGCAAGAGCAUGCAUUUGUUUUUUAUUUUUAACUUGUCAUUGAAAGUGAGGAAUUCAUUUUAGUGUGAAUUGUGGUAAAUUCCCAGUGAAUUUAGAGUGUAUUUAAAAUCUUAGGUCAAAAUAGCUCAACUGAAAACACAGCUGACUUCUAAAUGUAAAUUGUUCUGUUUCGGCCUACAAUGUGAAAUUCAUUUUGAAAUCCCAAAAAUGCACAUCCAAGUAAAUAACCCUGUACAUGUUACAACGUGUAUGUAUAAAGCAACAAGGAAAAAUAUCAUAAAGAUUAUGAUUUAGUCAAAAGGGAACAUUUACAAUAUGGGAAAUCGUAAAAAAUGAAAAAAAAUAAAACACAGUAGUUACAAACAAUAUAGAUUGGAGAGACACAGAAACACAUGUUGUUCCUAUCAUUAAAAUGUUUGCAAAUAUUUCCAGUAAUAUGUCUAAAUGUCUUGGGAAUAAAAAUUGUCAUGUUAAUACAACUAUUCAACUCAAAUUAAUGCAAGUUAUAAAGAAAAGAAUGACCACUGUGCUGAUUUUCAUAUUUUAUUUUAAAGACUUGAAAAUACAAGUAUAGAAACUAUAGUGAAAAUUCACUUCCCCUAAAAAUCAUACAAAAGUCGCAAGUUAAUAUUGAAUGUUUUGUACCACUAGUUUUUUUUUUUUUUAAGAUAUUUUUUGUUCAAAUGUCUCUAGUUUUGUGUGUGUUUUUCUCGUGAUCUUUAACUGUCACAUUUCUAUUAAAUACAUCUAUGGACAACGUUUCCAUUUGUGUUUUUUUUGUUGUUUGUUUUUUUAAACUACAAGCAGCUACAUUUUGCAUUGCAAUUAUCCAGCUCUUCAAUGUUGCUUCCAUAGAGAUUAAGGAGUUCAGG